AUGAUGGCUGCGGAGAAGAGACGUGCGGUCGGAGGCUCUCCGGUCCCACGGCCUUCCCCUAGUCCCGCUAACGAGACUGAGUUCCUGUCCCAAACAGGGACCCGAGACAUGCUGAGGGAGGCCGUGCUGAAGCUCGUGGAAGCCAGGCCGGAGGAACCAGCAGCUUUCCUGGCAGAUUACUUCGAGAAGCUGGGGCAUGAUUCGGCUGAAGGAACAGUUUUGAUCGGGGACCACGGAUCACAUCUACUGGGGCAGCAACGCCUGGGGCGGGCCAUGUGGUACCUGAAACUGGCCCAUCACUCUCAGAGGUCCGGAUAGCCAGCUAGCAUGGCGGGGGCCGGGGAGGGGGCACUGUGUGCUGCAUCCUUAGAGCCAUCUACAGGGAUGAGCCUUAGUCAGAGGGCGGCCUGGCCUGGGUAGGAGAGUCAGGGGGCUGGAUCUGCUCACUUAUGGAGUGGGCUCCGUGAGGGUGAAUGGUAGAGAGCAUUGACACUUGGCUGGACACACCCUUGACAUACAGAUGACGGAGGGGGAACAAAGCCCUGGCAAAGGGGAAAACAAAACAAAAAACAAGUAUUGGGUAUUAGAUGCACAGUAUUGUAUUAAAUAGUUUUGCUAUUGAUCCAAUUGUAAAGAAAAAAAUCAUUUGGAAGGCAUGGGGAACAUAAAGUCAGAUUAAGUGUAUUAAUCCCUUAAAAAAAAAAAAAAGGUAUAGUGUGGAAGAUACCGUAGUUAGGAAAAUUAUUUAGCGCUUCUCAUACAAGUCCAGAAUUUAAAUCAAUGUCCCUAGAUGUAAUUAUAUACAAAAACAAAAAAAAAGUAGAGAAAUAUUAACAUAUGUACAAUGUUAGAUUGAGGGGGAAGUCUAAGCUGAAGGAGAUAAAGGGAAAUGGGGUGUGGGGGGAACUGUAGAAAGAAGCAUGUUUUUAAAGUUGAAAAAGAUGGGUCAAGUAAGCCACAUAACAUAAUCCAUCAUGACUAUUUUGAUUUGGGAACUUUAUAUUCUGCCUAUAAUUUCUGCUCUCGUGAAAGUUUCUAAAUGUUAAUUUUAACAUAGGCACCAAGACAACUUAACUUGGCCAUUUUGGCAUAUAGAUCAUGUCCCUGCAGUCUUGCUCAAAUUUUUGUCAUUCAGGAAUUAAAUGUUUAUGCAGCCUUAGUCACCACUCUAUGUGAAAAAACUAAGUUUGUCUGAUUGUUGCAAAUACUAUGUUGCAACAAUCUGACAAAUUUAGUAUUUUCUGAAACUUUUUGCCACAAAUAUUAUCUCUAAACUUUUUUUCAUUGAAUACAACUAUAGAGGCAGGCAGAUACAAUACAAUUAUUCUAUUAUUAUUCUAUAAUUAUUAUUCCUUUGUAAUUAAUCAGUCUGAAUUCUACUACGAUUUACUGCCUCAAGCAUUUAGCUGUACGAGGAUGUUUAGAGGGUUUGAUUUAGACAUCAAUAGACUUUUCAAAUCUUAGUGUCCGACUCUGUCUGUGAGAAUCUACCAACUAAUAUAUAGCAAGGGGCCAAUAUCUUGAAAUCAUUAAAGGAAAACUCAGUUUUCCUGGCACUGCAGGUACCCUCUCCCUCCCACCUCCCAUCCCAGGUAGCUGAAGGGGUGAAAACCCCUUCAGGUCACUUACCUGAGACCCCGCCGAUGUCCCUUGGCGGUGGUUUCGGGUCGGCGUUGCUCCUCCCAGUAAUCACGUCAGCCGGUAGGCGAGACUGAACCUGCCCACCGGCUGAGGAAACCUAAUGCGCAUUAGGGCUCCCCAUAGGAAAGCAUUGAAAAAGAUUUUCAAUGCUUUCCUAUGGGGAAUUGAGCGACGCUGGAGGUCCUCAUACAGCGUGAGGACGUCCAGCGAGGCUCCAGCAAAGAAAAUCUAUGCUAUGAAUCAGUAAGUGCCCUCUAGUAGACAGCCACUAGAGCUGGAGUUAACCCCGUAAUGUAAUUAUUGCAGUUUGUAAAAAACUGCAAUAAUUACAGUUGCAGGAUUAAGAGUAGUGGGAGUUGGCACCCAGACCACUCCAAUGGGCAGAAGUGGUCUGGGUGCCUGGAGUGUCCCUUUAAUAUAUUUUGAUCUCUGAUGUACUUUUCAAAUUGAUUGAUUUAUGAACUUUAUAAUGGUUUGCUAUCAUCUUGAGUCAUCAUUUCUAUCAGUUUUCUUUUUAACGCACGUGCACACUUUAGCACUGGGUAUUUUUAUUUUAUUUUUUUUGGAACAUUUAAUAAAGUAUUUUUUAAAUUUCACUUAUGAAUUUCUAAGUUAACCACUCUUCUUUGAAUAUCCUUUAGGGUACUUUUCUGUGGAGUUCUCCCCCUUCAGGGUUGCUUUCCAUUUGUAUUUGGGUUUUUUCUAUCCACACUCUCUCUUACCAAUUCCCAAUUGAGACUUCAGUUAACAGACUAUAGUUCUUCUGUUAGUCUAUUCUCUGUAUAUUUUAAAGAAAUACUUGAAACCACUCAAAACCUUUGGCUUAAUGAACUGGUUUUGGUGUACAGAUCAUUACCUAGCAGUCACACAUAUAAAGGUACAAUAUAGGCACCAUACCACAUAAGCUAAAUGUAGUUGAUAUGGUGCUAGGUGAGCCCCUCUUACCUCAAGGGAUGAAACUGUUCUUAAACCCCAAGUUGUCUCCAGCACCGAUUUCAACUCAGGCAGCAUCUGGCUUCUGAAAUUUCAAUUUCAGCCAAACGGUGACUCCUCAUUUAUAAAACUGACUUUUUCAAGCUACUUUUAUGAAUAGGGAGUCACUGAUUGGCUGAGAGUAUCAGCUGACCGCUGUCAGCAGCACCCAUGCCUAGUGGCACUCUGUGCUUCCUGAAACUGACAUUUCAGAAACCAGCAGAAUUGAGAUGGGUGCUGGAAGCAACUCUGGGGAUAAACUGUUUGUGAACGGUUUAACCUAUGCGGUAAGAGAGCGCCCCCAGGGCCUUCGGGCAUCAUAACCUAAUUUAGAUUACAUUGUUAUGGUGCCUGAAGUGUUCUUUUAAUUCUUUUCCAUUUAGGCGGAGACUCACACACAUCAUGCAUGAGAAAAAUAAAUAAAAAUCAGGUUAUUGCAGUGGUCUUGGUACAAUGUCCCUACUGGACUUAGAGUUGUUUGGAGAAGCAUUGCAGUGCUAAGUCUGCCUCCAGUGGCUGUCUACCAGUCAGCCACUAGAGGCACUUCCGUAAUGUUACCGGACUUUUGAACAGCUGACACUGGAUAUCCUCACGCUCUGCAUGAGGACAUCCAGCGUCAGCUAUUUCACCAAAGGAAAGCAUUGAUAGAAGGGCCUAAUGCCAGAGUGCCGCGACCCAGCGCUGAGGGACAGAAUUGCCACUGGUUGCUCAGUUUGUGUGACAAUAGUUGUUUAUAAUAACCUUGAUGAGUGUGUGCGUGUUUAUGCAUAUGUGUAUAUAUUAAUAACUUUGAUGUGUGUGUGUGUGUACAUUUUUUUUUUUUGGCAAUAUUGCAUAAAAAAAGUUUAGAAGUUUAUUCACUAAAUGGUGAAUUGUAGUAAACUGAAAACCAUUUAGCUGGAAAUCAAAACUUGGUUUUAUUUGCUCAGGUUUUUCAAAUUCAAUGUACCCCAAAAGCAAAUAGGAGAUUAAAGUUUCCCAUAAUCUGCUACAAUGGACACCAUGGGAGUUAAGUCUGAUAAGGUGUCCGAAGACAUUAAAGAGGAGAAGUGGAUUGUGUUUGCUGUUCCACUGGUUUCCAUGGUGACUACCCCACUUCUAUUAUUAUUAACCACUUUUGAGAAACAAUAGUUUUUUAUUCAUAACCCCCAAUAUAUAUUCAGAAUAAAAAGCAUGUGCAAUUAAAAGUUUGCUUUAAAGAUUACUUGCUUAAUAAAAUGUUUGUUGGUCCUUGUAAGUUAUAGUUCUCUUUCUAUAAACAGGACGGCUUUUAACAACAACCUCAGCAUUGCAUAUGACUGCUUGAGUGCAGGAGGGAAGAAAAGGAAGCCUGGCCUUAGUGGGAAAAGUUACAGUGAAGUAUUGCGAAGAAUAUGCCGGGAAGGUGACCUCCCUGAGGAAAUCUCCUCUUCUCUCCUGAAGAGGAUACAGUGCCGAGACCACGAAGCUGUGCCAUUUGACGUUUUCCGAUAUGGUGUGUUAACAUGCUUUGUGCUGUUGGAAUUUAUGUGCAAAGCGGAAACGUUGUUCAGUAUCCUAGAUGGGAAUGGGCAGGCUGAUAAAAGUCUAUGUCAAGCUGUGCUGGAAACCCUUGAAGAGGCUUUGGUUGCCAGUGACAUUUGUAUCCCAGCCAGCUACCUGGAAGCAGGCUCAAAACUGGGACCCGACUGUUUGGCUGUAGUCAUGGAUAGGGCUUUUUUGAAUAGGGAUUCUGGCGUCACUAUGACCUUACAGGAGUUUUUAAUGGAUGCCUCUGCCUUGUUCCUUGAAAAAGUGAAGUCUGUUCAAUGAUGACUGCUGUCUGAUCAUUUUUACUCUAGAUAUGAUUUAAUAGUUAAUAGGAAAAUCUGAAUGUUGUCCAUGCACAUGGCUUGGAACAAUUAAAGAGGUAUAGACCAGGCAUAGACAACCUUCGGCACUGCAGAUGUUUUGGACUACACCUCCCAUGAUGCUUUGCCAGCAUUAUGUUUGUUAGAGCAUUAUGGGGGUUAUAGUUCACAACACCUGGAGUGCCGAAGGUUGCCUAUCCCUGGUAUAGACUAUGGUAUUUAAAAAAAAAAAAAAAAAAUUUUUUUUUUAAACUUGCUGCUUCCCGUUUCAAGCUGCAAAUAUACCAUAUUAUUUCAUAAUGCAAUGAAUGAAAUGUUAUCUUGUCUGUUAGUAUUAAUUAUUGCCAUGGCUGUUCCAUGGCAAGCAUCCCUAUAUAAUUGUGCUUUGCAAUGUUGAAUAUAUACCAAAUAGUAAUAUAGCUUGUGUGACCAUUAAAUUAUAAUAAAACAUGUUUUAUAACUCGGAAACCAAAUUCAUAUCCUUUAUAGUUUGUUUAUGGUUUUAUUUUGUUUUUUUAACUUGCACUUUAUUGAAGUUUUGGCCAAAUAUACAACAAAGGAGACAAAACCGCCCAGUUUUUUUUCCCUGAUCUAGUAUCCCUCCCUUUCACAGCAGUUUGCAAGGAGUCUGCUUCAGCAGGGUUAGAUAUUUAUUUUAUGCUCACCUGGUCAAUAAUUUUGUAGGCCGAGCCAGGGACCAGCCUCCAAUUUACAAAGACCCAGAAAAUAGCAUAUUUGAGUCACUAGCCUGAGUACCCCCUUUGGUGACCAGCGGGUGAUCUAACUCCUCCCUGAGGAGUUGAAAGCAAUCCAUUGGAUAUAUUGGUCCGAGCCAUGGCUAAGCCUCCUUCACAGACAAUCCAGUAAAUGACAAUUAUGUAAGGUGACUACCUGGGUUUGCCUCUUUUAUGCAUACCACUAUGUCUGGGGUCUGUUUUAACCCCUUAGUGACCAGGCCGUUUUUCAAUUUUCUUACCGUUGGGACAAGGGCUCUUUUUACAUUAAUGUGGUGUUUGUGUUUAGCUGUAAUUUUCCUCUCACUCAUUUACUGUACCCACACAUAUUAUUAUAUACUGGUUUUCUCGCCGUUAAAUGACCUUUCUAAAGAUACCAUUAUUUUCAUCAUAUCCUAUAAUUUACUAUAAAAAUUAUUAUAAAAUAUGAAAAAAUUGAAAAAACACACUUUUUUAAACUUUGACCCCCAAAAUCUGUUACGCAUCUACAAUUGCCAAAAAAACACCUGUGCUAAAUAGUUUCUAAAUUUUGUCCUGAGUUUAGAAAUGCCCAAUGUUAGCAUGCUCUUAGCUUUUUUUGCAAAGUUAUAGGGCUAUAAGCACAAGUAGCACUUUGCCAUUUCCAAACCAAUUUUUUUCAAAGUUAACCCAAGUUACAUUUUAACACUGAUAUAUGUCAGGAAUCCCUGAAUAACCCUUCACAUGUAUAUAUUUUUUAAACGAAGACAACCUAAGGUAUUAAACCUGGGGUAUUUUGAAUCUUUUCAUGCAGCCAUUUUAGCACCAAUCUAUGCCAAAUUAAAAAAAAAAAAGAAUAAUAAUUGGUGAUUUCUUUGAGACCUAUAGCAAUUUAAGAAUAUAUGUACUGAGAACGUUAAGGGUUACUGCCAAAAAACACCCCAAUUUGUGUUCAUCAUCAUCUCCUGAGUACAGGGAUACCACCCAUGCAUAGGUUUUUUCGGCUUCUCUGGGGGCUAAAAUACCUUAUUUGGAGGGUGUGCAUUCCAGUUUUCCAACACAGUAAGUCAUCAUGCAUCCAUGUCCCAUUUGGGGCAUUUUUGAAGCUGGACAAUAUAAUUUACCCCCAUCAAACCAUAUAUUGUUUGAAAAGUAGACACCCUAGGGUAUUUCAAAUGGUGGUAUUUUAACACUUUCUAUUCACUAAUUCUACCACCAGCCUUUGUCAAACUUUUGGAUAGUCGUUUUUUGUGUAAUUUUUCUCUCAAAUUGUACUUUAGGCAUGGAUUUUUAAUUCCGUUUAUGUGUUACUGACAAAGAACACCUCAAUAUGUGUUCAGCAACAUCUCCCGAGUACAACAGUGCCCCCAAUGUACAGGUUUUAUGGGCUUUUGCAAACUUACAGGGGUCAAAUGAAGGGCUUUUCCAUGUUUGCACAUUGAAAUUUGCCAGAUUGGUUUGCUGGGCCUAUGUUGCCUUUGACACUAUAUAGCCGCCCAGGAAUUAAAAUUAACCCCAUCAUGGCAUAUCAUUUGUAAAAGUAGACAACCCAGGGUAUUCCAAAUGGGGUAUGUCCAGUCUUUUGUAGUAGCCACUUAGUCACAAACGCUGGCCAAAGUUAGCAUUUUUCUUAGUUUUUUUGCAUUUUUGUACACAAAAACUGCACUUUUACUGGUGAUUUCAUUGUCAGAAUACGUUUUACUGAUUUAGAACACUCAUAUUUGUAUUCAACGAAGUCUCCCGAGUAUAACAAUACCCCCAUGUACAGGUUUUAUGGUGUUUUGGAAAGUUACAGGGUCAUUAUAGGGCUUGCCCGAUCUAGUUGGCCAGAUUGGUUUGCUGGACCUUUGUUGCCUUUUGAGACCAUAUGGUAGCCCAGGAAUGUGAAAUAACCCCAUCACGGCAUACCAUUUUCAAAUGUAGACAACCCAGGGUAUUCCAAAUGGGGUAUUUACGGUCUUUUGUUGUAGCCACUUAGUCACAAACGCUGGCCAAAGUUAGCGGUUUUAUUUGUUUUUGUAUAAAUGUUUUGGUUUUUAAAUUUUAUGUGCGUGUGUAUAUAUUACACAUAUAUAUGUACACACACACUAACUGUGUGUGUGUGUGUGUAUAUGUAUAUAUAUAUAUGUGUAUAUAUAUAAUAUUUAUACACACACACUUUUAUUUUCUAUAUAUGUACACUGCUCAAAAAAAAUAAAGGGAACACAAAAAUAACACAUCCUAGAUCUGAAUGAAUUAAAUAUUCUUCUGAAAUAGUUUGUUCUUUACAUGAAUGUGCUGACAACAAAAAUUAAAAAUUAAAAAAAAAUUCAACCCAUGGAGGUCUGGAUUUGGAGUCACACUCAAAAUUAAAGUGGAAAAACACACUACACGCUGAUCCAACUUUGCUGUAAUAUCCUUAAAACAAGUCAAAAUGAGGCUCAGUAGUGUGUGUGGCCUCCACGUGCCUGUAUGACCUCCCUACAACGCCUGUGCAUGCUCCUGAUGAGGUGGCGGAUGGUCUCCUGAGGGAUCUCCUCCCAGACCUCGACUAAAGCAUCUGCCAACUCCUGGACAGUCUAUGGUGCAACGUGACGUUGUGGAUGGAGUGAGACAUGAUGUGCUCAGUUGGAUUCAGGUCUGGGGAACGGGCAGGCCAGUCCAUAGCAUCAAUGCCUUCGUCUUGCAGGAACUGCUGACACACUAAAGCCACAUGAGGUCUAGCAUUGUCUUGCAUUAGGAGGAACCCAGGGCCAACCACACCAGCAUAUGGUCUCACAAGGGGUCUGAGGAUCUCAUCUCGGUACCUAAUGGCAGUCAGGCUACCUCUGGCGAGCACAUGGAGAGCUGUGCGACCCCCCAAAGAAAUGCCACCCCACACCAUUACUGACCCACUGCCAAACCGGUCAUGCUGGAGGAUGUUGCAGGCAGCAGAACAUUCUCCACGGCGUCUCCAGGCUCUGUCACAUGUGCUCAGUGUGAACCUGCUUUCAUCUGUGAAGAGCACAGGGUGCCAGUGGCGAAUUUGCCAAUCUUGGUGUUCUCUGGCAAAUGCCAAACGUCCUGCACGGUGUUGGGCUGUAAGCACAACCCCCACCUGUGGACGUCGGGCCCCUCAUAUCACCUUCAUGGAUUUUGUUUCUGACCGUUUGAGCAGACACAUGCACAUUUGUGGCCUGCUGGAGGUCAUUUUUCAGGGCUCUGGCAGUGCUCCUCCUGUUCCUCCUUGCACAAAGGCGGAGGUAGCGGUCCUGCUGCUGGGUUGUUGCCCUCCUACAGCCUCUCCCUGCCUCCUGAUAUACGGGCCUGUCUCCUGGUAGCGCCUCUGUGAUGUAUGGGCGGUUGGGUAUGUGUGAGUGUGUGUGAGUAUAUGUAUUGUGAUAUAUGGGCAUUGGGCAGUUGGGCUGUUGUUGGCUGUGAAUGAUGCACUUCCUUUCUUUUGGUUCUUGACUUCCUGUUCCUGUUGGCAGUUGGUGGAAUGUUCCAGGGAUUUGAAAUGGCGGCUGCAGAAACCCUGUGUAACAAGGCUGCAAUAUAGUAUAUAUGUAUUAAUAAAGUGAGUACUUCGUUAUACAGGAAUUAUUGACUUAUUUGUACAAAACAUCACAGCCUCCAUGCUCUGGACACUACGCUGACAGACACAGCAAACCUUCUUGCCACAGCUCGCAUUGAUGUGCCAUCCUGGAUGAGCUGCACUACCUGAGCCACUUGUGUGGGUUGUAGACUCCGUCUCAUGCUACCACUAGAGUGACAGCACCGCCAGCAUUCAAAAGUGACCAAAACAUCAGCCAGGAAGCAUAGGAACUGAGAAGUGGUCUGUGUUCAGAACCUGCAGAACCACUCCUUUAUUGGGGGUGUCUUGCUAAUUGCCUAUAAUUUCCACCUGUUGUCUAUCCCAUUUGCACUGUGAUGGAAUUCCAGUAAAAUAAAAGUUUAGCAGGCCAAGAUUGCCACAAAGCAUAUGUAGGUACAUGUGUUUGUAGUAUCAGUUAGUUAGUUACACGUAGCUAAGAUACUGUCAUCACUGUACUGAGCAUGUGCAGGAAUGCAGGAACUGGAAUUACGCGUCCCUCUCCUUUGUUUCAGAUGAGCCACGUGGUUAGACUGGAUGGAUGAAUUUAGACUCUAUUCAUUGAUUAGGUUAAGGGUAUGUGUGGGCGUAGCUAAUUAUGGGAGGAGCUACAGUGCUAUAUAAGGAAUCUACUCUAUGUAUUCAGUGCUCAGAUCUUUGCUGUUUUUGGUGACAUAAGUCCCUCUGAGUCCCGGUCGGUGAAUCGAAUAAAGAUCUCUUCCUUCCUGAAGAAACCUGUGUCCAUCUCUCUGUGCUUGGACUCCGUCAGUUUCCCGGUAACAUCUUUGGUGCAUUGGCCGGGAAGCUCGUCGUUAACGGUGGCUAGGAAGCAGAGGCGUGAGACGGUCUAUCUUUGCCCACAUUCUCUACGGCUGCACCCCUGAACUUCUGCGUGGACCUCCCUUCGUCUCGGCGCCACUGGUCUGUUGUCCAGGAGAUCAUCGGCCUCUACGUAGUAAGUGCUGGGGUGUCCCCGUCGAUGAGUGUGAACUCAGGUUCAGGAACGAGGAGGUAAGACGACUACUGUUUUAGACGGUGUACCCACUAGGGGUAUUGGAUACCGAUUGUGCGGUAAGCCCAUAAGGGGUUUGAAUUGGAAUUGUGUAUGGAAUUGGCCCCCUCCAGUGGAGGGAAGGAGCGAAGGCGCACCGCUCAUAAUUAGACGCCCUGUAGUCAGCCCGUCUAAUCUUGGUAUGGAGUGUAAAUAGUUUUAGGUAGUCCCACGAGGUACUGUCCAAUAGAUUAGUUGGGAAACUGUAAAAGUGUUAAAAUUUAUUAUAGUAGAGUGUAUAUCUUGCUGGGUAGCGUGAGCUCUGCCGUCUAGCGAGAGUGUGAAUAGUGUGUAACUGUAUCAUAGCGCACGGUACCAUAACCAUGUAUUAUAAUCACUGAUACUGUAAAUAAUCACUAAUAACUGUCGUUUAUGUUGUAUGUUUAACACCAUAACUACUAUUAACUGACCUUUGACUUUAAAAUUGUAUUCUAACCAAUGCUAACCGUACUAUAACUACUGUUUGUAAAGGCGAUGUUACUAGGGUGUGUUAUAGAUGGGUAAUUUAAAUACUGAGAAUUAUAGCGUGGGUAAUUGUAUAAUUUCGCCAAAAAAGGUACAGUAAUAGUGAUUUAGUGUGUGGUGUAACAGCUGUGUGUGUAUGAGAAUUCUCCUUGUGUUUUGCCAAGUAACUGUGCCACGUGGUGCUGUUGCUAAGGUAACUGGUGUGACUGUUGAAACUGUUUGUCUAUUUGUACUGCUUUGAAUCAGACGCUCUGUUGAAAUCAUGGGUGCUUCUGAUUCACAAACAGUCCUUUGUCUUGUAUGUGUAAAAAAAAAACGAAAAAAAAAAAAAACCUUUCUAAGGAAUAUGCUGUUUGUGAUUAUGGUGUAACACUGUCCCCCAAAAGAUUAAAAUACUUUGUGUAGCAGAGGACGGCCUCUUCUGGUAACCAGUGUUCCUGUGGAUCCUUGAUCCAGAUUUAAUACAGCAGGUUUACAGUGUUAUAAAUAAUAUGUUGGGGCUAUACGAGUAGUUUCUGUAUACAGAUUGUUGAAACACUGCUAAAUGGAACAAACUGUGCUAAGAGGAACAAUGGAGUCCAUGGUAGCCAGAACUUGUUUGUCCUCUAAAACCUUAAUUACAACUGCUUUGGACACCUCCCCCCCUCUUGCAUCUGAUUACCAACCCCUAAUUCAUCCUCCAGAGCCAGAGUAGCCCAAAACUGGUAUAGCUGGUAUUUGCACUCCCCCUGCUCUAUUGUCCACGCCUACCCACAUACCUAUCUGUUCUUUUCUUUCAAAUUCUUGUAUUUCUGUACAAACAGUUUUUUUGUAAUUUAAAUUGACUUCCUUUUUGGUAGGAGUGUAUUUUAGCAUUGAAUUUUAUUUACAGUUAAAUUGUGAGGAGAAUUCUUAAUAACAGUAACUGAGUCUAUUGGAUCAGAUAAUUCUCUGCAAUGACAUUGUACCAUAAACAUUGAAAUAGCACUAAAACUAUUGAAUACUGUGUGUCUUCAGUGAUAGUCUAAAAUACAACUGGAAGAAAUGAUUAAUGGUAUAGGAUGCUGGAGUACACUUUUAUCCUUUUUUUUAGUUACUGGAUGGGCCCCUCCCAGCUUUGUUCAAAAUAUCCCUUUUACUAAAGUACAAACUGAGAUGUUAAAUUUACCAUAGAACUAAAGCUUUACUCAAGCCUAGAUAUCAGGGUGAGCAGUGAUUAAAAUAAGUAAUAAUAAAAUAAGUGUCACGGCAAGGGUGUAUAAUUUAUCAUUACACUAUGGAAUAUCAUCUUUUAAUGUAAUUUGUGUAGUAAAUGGCACACAUUACAGAGAUGCUAUUGCUGAGGUCAACAGGGGUUACAUCUUUUGAAGCUGGGACCCCCCACAGAGGUCAGAUGACAGAAGGGGUAGUGUGAAUGGCAUAGCAAUGUGAAAAGGAUUUUACUAUAUGGAUGUGAAGUCUGCAAGGUGUGAGGUUCUACACUUGGAAAAAGUCUGAAUGUCUCUUCAUCCAUUUGGCAUGUACCUUGUAAGUGAUGAGUAAAUCUCUUUGAUAUGUAAAUGCCAUUAGCUUUGUUCUAGUAUCAUAUCCAAAGGAAGGACAAAAACAUUCAUAUUUACCCCCACAGAAUAAUAAUUAAGCCUCAUUUUUGUUAUAUUUGGAAUGUGACAAGCGCCAUCUUCUAACCAAGUCCAAACAUGAGUGGCAUAACUUGACCCUAGGGAAAGGAAUUGUGAUGUCCGUCCUAUUGGAUCGUGGGUGGGACGUGCAACAUGUCUAUGGAAUGGGAAAAUAAUAACAAAUUUGUAGAUGCAAUUAUUAUUUCUGUGGCAGGUACAAAAAAGAAGAUAGAGUCAAAUGUUUCCAUUUGGAUUGACAGUGGUCUGGAACAAAGGAGGUGGUCCGUUAUUAUAUCUGUAGGUACGCCUUAACUCCACCCCUGGGCAAGACUUGAUAAUUCACAGGGUAUAUCUCCUGUGAUUCUGAAGGGUGUUUGUGUACUUGCUUGGGGCCAAGAUCUAAUUUUGGGUGAGUCACCAUCUUUCCUUGCCAGAGACCCCCUGGACAGAAGUUGUACUUUGAAAACCUAAGUGAGUAAUUAGGACUUCUGUAUUUUAUCCUUUUUGUUUUUAUCUGUUGGUGUAAAUAAUUUGUUUAUCAUAUAUUUUUAUAGAUGUACUGACUAUCUUUUGCUCAUAAUAAACAUUCAUUUAUUAAGUUUUGCCUUUGUCUGGUUAAGAAUCACGUUACCUGAAGAAACUAGUUAGUAUUUUUAUAAUUCCUUAAAUAUUGUACUAAGUAAUAUUUGGUGGGUUUUAUUAUUGAUUUACCUGGGGGACCAAGGCACCCCAUUUAUAAAUUGUCUUGGUGGUGGCAGCGUUAAAGUAGUAAUAGUUAUAUUAUUAUGUUUAAGUGUGGGUGGUGUUAAAGGGGGAUUUUGUCAUUAUUUCCGGUCUAGUGCAGACAAAUAGUGUACUUUAACCCUUUCACCACCACAACUACGUCACGCACACUCUUGGAGUAGGGUGCGUUCGUGACAAUAAGCACAUAAUUACCAGAUUUUACUAAUUACAUGACGUAAAGUCAUGAUUUUAUAAAGGACACGGAGGCGAGUAUUAGGCUUUCCUCUUUCUUUAUUCCUCAGCAGCAAAGAAAGCUAAGGUGUUUAUUUGUAGAAAAAAAGGAAAAAGAAACAUGUAUAACUACCCUCACAGGGUUAACAUUACAUCAUUAUCUCCUAUCCAAUAGGAGCAGUCCUUCUCUGAUAUCCUUUCCUGUAACCUCCUCCUCUUCCUCUUUCUUGACGUUGCCGAAGUUAAAGUUCGUGUUUGUACCAAGUAACUAUCUACUCGGUCGAACCUAACCUAAACAGAAAAAACAGUUGAACAUUGAACUUGACCGUGAACUCCUCCAUGGGGAAUAAACAUUGGAGACCUCCAGAAACUGAUCCCCUUGAACUCGAACUCGUCGUCCAUCCUAGGAGUUGUAGGAUUGUUCACGCUGUAAAAACAAAGAAAAUAGUGGUAAAGCGUGUCCUUGCCAACUAUUGUCGUUUUACUCUUAUGUAUCAAACUUGAGCUGUUUAUGAAACCGUUAUGUUUAACCAAAUCUGUCAUAGUCAACCACGUUAUGUAUUACCAAGAACCACUUACGUGAAGAAGGAAAAAAGUGAACUCUUUCUACCAAAAUACUUAGUACGUACCUGGGUUGGGAUACACAACUUGUGUAUCUGUUCCGGGUGGGCUAAUACUCGCCUCCGUGUCCUUUAUAAAAUCAUGACUUUACGUCAUGUAAUUAGUAAAAUCUGGUAAUUUUAUUAAAGGACACGGAGGCUCUUAUUAGGCUAGUUCAAAGCUGUGAAAUAACCAGGCUCGACACGUGCUCUGUUUGCCGAAAGUAAUAUUCUUUAAACGUCGAUUCCCUGGACCAGUCUGCCGUUCUCAUGAGGUCUUCUAAUCUACAACCUAGCGUGAACGCUUUGGAUGCCAUGGCUCCUCUAGUAGAGUGUGCGCCAUAUACGGAGGUAUCUAUGUGAGCUAACGUCAUUAUCCAUUUCACCCAGCGGGCGAGGGUUACCGUGGAGACAGGUUGAUGUGGUUGUCUGAUGGCCAGAAACAAUUCCGGAUGUGUUGAUUUCCUGAAUUCCGAGGUUCGUUUCUCAUAUUCUCGUAGGCAGUGUACUGGACAGAGCUUCUCGUUGUGUGGGAACGAAGGGUAUGAGACUGAUGUAAUUGACGAUUUUGUACGUCUGGAGAUGUUGAACGAGACUCCUGUGGGAGUAAAGGAGCGUGCAUCAACGUCCAGUGCUCUAACGUCUGACACCCUCUUGCAAGAUAGCAGGCAGAGGAGCAUGGUGAGCUUCGCUGACAGUUGUUUGAGCGUAAGUGCCUCGUUUUGAGGCCAGGACUCUAACAGCGUCAGCACUGAGUUGACGUCCCACAAUGACGAGUAUCGGGGUUGUGGUGGGCGGGCAAAACGAAUUCCCCUCAGGAGACGGCAUACCAGAAGUUGCUGACCCAUCGGGGUUCCCUCUAUACCUUGGUGCCCUGCCGAGAUUGCUGAUCUAUAGACGUUGAUGGUCCGGUAGGCCAAUCCUUGAUUAUGUAGGUUGGUGAGGAACCUCAACAGAUAACUUACAGGAGCACGUACGGGAUCCAUUUGUUGUUCCAUGCACCAACUAGCCCAUCCGUUCCAGGCAUAGAGGUAGGAGCGUCUAGUUCCAGGUGCCCAGGCUCCCGCCAGUAGUUCGACAGUGUCCUGUGGAACGUCCGGUAUGCUCCAGGGUCCCCUGAAAGGAGCCACGCUAAGAAUUUGAGACGCCCCUGGGUCAUGAGGGGAUGUGGGUUGCCCUCUGGGUCUGAUAAAAGGAACCAGGGGUCCGGAAGUCGUCUCGGGAAGUCCAUGGACAUUUCCAUUAGGGUCGGGAACCACGGUUGGGUUGUCCAAAACGGAGUUAUGAGGACCAGGGUCGCUUGAGUACGUCUCAGAUGUACUAUCGUGCGAGCUAUGAGGGAGAACGGAGGGAAGGCAUAUAAUCGGCUGUUCGGCCAGUGUUGGAGAAAAGCGUCCGCUGCUAGUGCAUCUGGGUCUGGUCUCCAACUGAAGAACGUUGGCAGUUGUGAGUUCAGCCGGGAUGCGAACAGAUCGAUUUGCAUCGGGCCCCAGAGCGCUUGAAGCUGUAAGAACACCUCGCGGUCCAGCCGCCAGUCGCUGGCGUCUUGUAUGUGUCUGGAAUGCCAAUCCGCUACCACGUUGGACAUACCCGGGAUGUAUUCCGCUUGGACCGAGAUGUUGUGUUCCAGGCAGUGUUGCCAGAACUCCUUGGCCAGGUCCGCCAGUAUCUUCGAUCUCGUGCCACCGAGGUGGUUGAUGUAGCGGACUGCGGAAAUGUUGUCCAUGCGUAGGACGAUGGAGCAAUUGGUUAUGCCCCCGAGGAGGCUCUUCAGUGCGAAAGAUCCCGCCAUGAGUUCCAAACCGUUGAUGUGUAAUUUUUUCUCUGCGCACGACCAGGUUCCUCCGGUGGAGGUAGGCCCGCAGCGCGCUCCCCAACCGUGCGUGCUCGCAUCGGACUCUACGAUGAAGUCCGGGGCAGACCCGAAUAUUGCUCUGCCGUUCCACGCCUCCAUGUGUAGCAGCCACCAUGUGAGUUCCUGUUUGGCUUCGUAGUCGAGUGGUACAGAGUCGGAGUACGCAUGCCCUGAGCGUAAUUGUGUGGCCUUUAGACGCUGUAGGGCCCUGUAGUGUAGUGGCCCCGGGAAUAUUGCCUGAAUGGAGGCUGAGAGGAGUCCGAUUACUCUGGCUAGUUGCCGGAGUGUCAGUACCGGCCUCUUGAGUGUUCUGCGGAUCUCCUUUUUGAUGAGUUUUACUUUGUCCGUUGGUAAGCUGAGCGUACCGGUAGUCGCAUCUAUGUGAAAACCCAAGAAUUCCAUGUUCUGGGACGGGGUAAGCACCGAUUUCUCCCAGUUGAUGAGAAAUCCUAGACUCUGUAGCAGUGUCACUGCCCAUGUCAGGUGCUGUUGUAAUUGACGGGCUUCGUGCGCCAUGAUCAGCAUAUCGUCCAGAUAAAUGAUCAUCCGGACGCCUCUGCUGCGUAGAAAGGCGACCACAGGCUUCAGCAGCUUGGUGAAGCACCAAGGGGCCAAUGAGAGACCAAAGGGAAGGCAGCGGAAUCGCCACAUUGUCGCUUCCCAUUGGAAUUGGAGCAGGUGGUGGCACUCUUCCGCAAUGGGGAUUGUAAGAUAUGCAUCUUGGAGGUCCAGCUUCACCAUCCAGUCCCCUAACCUGAGCAGGUCUCGCAGGCAGUGGAUACCCUCCAUUUUGAAAUGGUGGUACCGCACAAAUGCGUUUAGUGGCCGCAAGUUGAUGACUGGGCGCACCCCGCCGCCCUUCUUGGGUACCAGAAACAGAUUGCUCAUGAACCCAGGGGAUGGUGAAGGGACCUGGUAUAUGGCGCCCUUCGCUUGGAGGGUGCGAAUCUCCUCGCUCACCAAUCCCUUGUCUUGCGUGGAGAAAACUAUGCGGUGUGGUCUGUGUGUUUGGACCGGGGUUCGCACAAACUCUAUGUGGUAACCCCUGAUGGUGUUGAGGACCCAUACGUCCGCAGUCAGCUGUUGCCAGGACUCUACAAAGUGUAACAGUCUGCCCCCACAGUCGGUACACCCGGGAGGGGGGGAGGUAAUACACUUACCAUAAGGUCGGCGGCUGUACGAGUUGCCUCUGGGUCCUCGAGGUUGCCAUGGUCUGGCCCUGACCGGGAAGAAGGGUGAGGGCGUACGGCUCUCUGGCGGCUGGAAUCUAGCCGUGGCGGGACCUCUGUAUCCCCGGUAGGAACCGCGGGAAGAACGGCCGGGCAGACGGCCCCGGUGUCUGCCGGCCCCACCAAAAACUCUGGGAGAGAACACUCUUUUUAUAUUUGUCUGUGCCUUGUCUAGGGCCGUAAAGGUGCUCACAUACAUUCCCAAUUCUUUGACAAAGUUGUCACCGAACAGGAGACCCUUGGCUUGCGGUCCCGGUUCGGUGAGAGCCAUGUUAAUUAGCUUGGGCUCGAUUUUCAUUAAAAUAGUUUUGCGCCUUUCUGUGGCCAGUGCAGCGUUAGCGUUGCCGAUGAGGCAGAUCGACCGUUGGGCCCAGCCUCUAAUGGCUAGUAAAUCAAGAGGCGUUCCCUCAUUUAAGGCCGCUUCGACCAAUUCAAAAAUCUUGGCACUAGGGCCCAAUGUAUCCAGCACUUUAUCUUGGCAGUGGCGUAGGGAGUAAUCAAGUCCCUUCUUCGCCUUCCAGCCAGACUUACCCAAGAACUGUGCUAUUUUGGGGUCGAUAUCAGGUGUAGCACAGGCCAUGUCAGGCACAGUCGGGCGUGGGCAUUCAGCCCGUAGUUUCUGCCUGGUGGCCUUAUCCAAAGGUUUGCGGAUUCUGGCCGCUAUGUAUCGUGCUACAUGAUCGGUUGGAUACCACUCCGCCGAUCUCGGGUUUUGUAAGGUGUCUGGGUCGAACAGAGGUUCGCCCUGAGGGUCCAGAAUAGUGGUUUCAUCCGCCGUGUCAUGCACGGGGUUGGCUCGAGUGCGUGUCGGACUCUGGUCCGGGGAGGAAAACUCCCAUUCCUCUGAGUCGGCUUGGUCCGACCCGUUCAAAACCUCCUCACUAUCCGAAUCAGUGUCGGAAGAAUCUGACAGGGCUUUUGCCCUCUUCCAUGUCCACGCCGCUUUUGCCCGGCGGGUGGCUCGUUUUCGUGGGGGCCCCACGACCUCAGGUGCGACAGGACGUACCCUGUCCGUCAGUCUAGUUUUGGAGGCAUGCGUUCCCACAUUGUGGGUUUUACUAAUGGCCUUACGGCCCUCUCUGCUUAAAGGUUCCCCCUCUGCGGCCCUGGCUUGAGUCAUGCUGGGGUUAGACGCCUUAAUGGCACUCGAAAUAGAGUGUGACAAGUUAUCCGACAUAACCCCCAUGGCGGUAAAGAUAGCUUGGGUAACUGAUUUUGACAUGGUGGCGUCCAGGAGCGAGUGGAACUCCUCAGAGUCCAAUUGCUCCAGAGGGGCCACCAUGUCCCUAUGCAGGGAUAUGGGUUCAGCCACGGAGGGCCCGUGCUGGGCCUUAGUAUCACCUUUAUCACUGGUGCCAGGGGCAGAAAAAGCCUCAGGGGUCUGCAUCAUGGGUUUAAAAGACAGGAUUAUGUAUAUGGCUACCUGAUGUGUCAGUAAUGAGCUACUAAAACAGGCAAGAGACAAGGCAGCAGGACAACAAGCACAGAAUGCACUGUUAGCUUACCGAGUGUUCCCUCAGGAAUGGCUCCUGGGAUCACUGGCAAGCUAACAGUACAGCAAACAAACCAAUCAGCUCGCGCCCUGCAGUGGGCUGAACGAGCUGAGGGAGAAAAAAGAGCGGCAAAAUUUUUCCUAGUGCCGCCCCUUUAAGAUGGGCGCCAGUAUGGGCCGCGCAUGCGCGCGCGGCGCUCACGAACGAGAGGCCGCGGCGGGGGAACCCUCCGCCGGGAGAGAGAGCCGGUCCGGUCCUCGAGGGUUCCCUGCGCCGCGUGACCGAUGAGGGGGGUAAUAAACUACCCAGCGGCAAGUGUGGAGCCGGUAUCCCCGCGGGGGGGCGGGGUACCGGCGGGACAAUGUGGGAAAGGGGCCCCCCCACGGAGGGUUAGCUUGAAGGGGGGGGUGUACACCAAACGCACAAUGCGUUCUGCUGAGUUUAAGUCAGCUCACAAAAACAGGCAUAAUUUAAAAUAAAGUCAUACACACAUAUAUAAGUACAAAUGACAGUUAAGAGAAAAAACAAAGUGUUACUUAGCUGAGGCAGCAGCAAAGAAAGAGGAAGAGGAGGAGGUUACAGGAAAGGAUAUCAGAGAAGGACUGCUCCUAUUGGAUAGGAGAUAAUGAUGUAAUGUUAACCCUGUGAGGGUAGUUAUACAUGUUUCUUUUUCCUUUUUUUCUACAAAUAAACACCUUAGCUUUCUUUGCUGCUGAGGAAUAAAGAAAGAGGAAAGCCUAAUAAGAGCCUCCGUGUCCUUUAAUAAAAUUAAAGUUUAUCUGCUUCAUUAGAUUUUAGGGAGGCACUUUAGGGCCACCUACUGGCCAUCUUUGGGAGUUACAUUGAUAUUACAUUGCAUAAUCAUCUUUUAACGCUAUACUGGCAUAUAACAGACAGAAGUAGGAUUGUUUAUCUUAUUUUAAUAUAUUUAUUGCUAUAAGGUUUUAUUUUAUGUAUAAAUAUAUUAAAAGUUAAGUUUUAUUAUUAGACCCAUAAAGAUUAUUUUGAUACAAUUACCCUCUGGUGACACCUACUGGUAGGUUUUUGGUUUAACACUUUAAAAAAAUGUUUCAUCCACCAAAUGCUGACUAGUAAAAUUAGCUCACCCCCUUCCACCUAUCUUACUACUCUCAGACUGAGCAGCCUUACCGAAGCCCUGUAUUAACCCGACAGAUGACUGGUACCCUCCAACCCCGACAUUAUCAAAUGCCUCUCUGAUUGACACCGGGCCCGACACACAUUAAUGGUGAAGGCCAGUUACAACAUGCCGACCCCUUUACCACUACGGAUUUCUUCAACUGGAAAACCCAUAACUCCUCUUACACAGACAAACCUCAAGCCAUGACAGAUUUGAUUACCUCCAUAAUCCAAACGCACAAUCCCACUUGGGCUGAUUGCCAGCAAUUGCUUAUGACAAUGUUUAAUAACGAGGAAAGGACUCGGAUUAAUAAGGCGGCAAUUAAAGUGCUUGAAGAAGUGGCCCGUGCACAGAAUCAGGCCAACCCGGUAGCAUGGGCUGCAGCUCAUUACCCAAACGUAGAUCCGAAUUGGAAUGUUAAUGGUGCUGAUAUGGCUCACCUAAAAGCUUAUAGGGAAGCCAUUAUUACUGGCAUGAAAGCCGGAGGGAAAAAGGCGAUCAAUAUGUCAAAGACGGCUGAGGUAUUGCAGAAAUGUGAUGAGUCGCCCAGUGCCUUUUAUGACCGAUUAUUGGAGGCAUACCGAUUGUAUACCCCCUUUAGUCCAGAGGCUCCUGAGAAUUCCCGGAUGGUUAACUCUGCCUUUGUCAGCCAGGCUUACGGAGAUAUUAAAAGAAAAUUGCAAAAGCUAGAAGGGUUUGUAGGGAUGUCUAUAACUCAACUAAUGGAAAUAGCAGAUAAGGUUUAUAUGAAUAGGGAGACAGAGACGAAGAAGGAAGAAGAGCGUAAGAUGAGAAGGAAGGCAGAUAUGUUAGCGGUAGCUAUCGCUGGUGUAGAUAGAAGGGAAAAGGAAGUGUACAGGGGAACCGAGAAAAGCGAGAAUAAGUGGAAUAGGGAGUCUUUAAGUAGGAAUCAAAGUUCAUGUUGUAGAGAGGAAGGGCAUUGGAAAGUGACUGUCCACAGAGGGGAUAUAUUGCAGGUGGUAGACAAGAAGAGAGAAGAGGGUGAGGUGGUUAUAGAGGACGAGGUAGAGGAAGUUUUGGAGGAAAUAGUGGGAAUAAUAGAGGAAGUGUUCAAGGGGACAGAUAUUAUCUACCCACGCAGAGACCUAGAGAAAGAGAGGAUAGAGACUUUGUGGGUUUGGCUGACACUGUCAUGGAGGACUAUUGAUACCGACCGGGCUCCAUUCCCCUUGGUCGAGCGGAGCCUAUGGUCGAUGUAGCAAUAGGGGGAAAAAGGAGUUCUUUCAUGAUCGACACUGGUGCUCAACAUUCUGUGGUAACCGACCUAGUUGCUCCUCCUUCAGGAAGAACUAUCACUGUAAUAGGAGCAACUGGGAGGAGUGCUGCUAAACCGGUUCUCAAAAGUCGACUCUGUACACUGGGAGGCCACGUAGUGAAACAUCAGUUCCUUUACAUGCCUGAAUGUCCAGUCCAACUUCUAGGACGGGAUUUGUUGUCGAAGUUACAAGCACAGAUAACAUUUCUGCCUAACGGAACGACAUCCUUGAAGUUUAAUGGACCCUCAGGUAUAAUGACACUAUCAGUACCAAAGGAAGAAGAGUGGCAACUUUAUACAGUGAUGACAAGUCAAAACCCUAAGAGUGAUGAAUCCUUGUAUAAUAUACCAGGAGUGUGGGCAGAAAAUAACCCACCAGGACUUGCUCGCAAUAUCCCACCUAUACGCAUCGAACUAAAGCUUGGGGUUUAUCCAGUAAGCCUGCGACAAUACCAUAUACCUCAAAAGGCGAAGAAGAACAUACAGUCUUAUUUGGAUAAGUUCAUAAGGUAUGGUAUCCUAAAAUUCUGUACUUCCCCCUGGAAUACUCCAUUGUUGCCUGUUCAGAAGCCUGGGUCAGAUGAGUAUCGUCCUGUGCAGGAUUUGAGAGCAGUCAAUGAUGCGGUAGUAGGUAUACAUCCAGUUGUGCCCAAUCCUUAUAACCUGCUUGCCUUGAUUCCGGGUGGGGCUACUUACUUUACAGUCUUGGACCUUAAAGAUGCCUUCUUUUGCCUACGAAUUGCUACAGAAAGCCAGUGUAUCAUUGCAUUCCAUUGGGAAGAUGCUGUAACGGGCUCAAAACGUCAGAUGACCUGGACAAGAUUGCCCCAAGGGUUUAAAAAUUCACCUACCCUAUUUGGAUCAACAUUAAGUCAGGACUUAUUAGAUUUCAAGUCCAUCCCAGGAAAAUGUGUACUACUACAAUACGUGGAUGAUUUGUUGAUAGCGGCAGUUACUAAAGAGAUAUGCCAGCAAGCAACUUAUGAUUUACUGCACAUUCUUUGGAAGUCAGGAUACAAGGUGUCCAGGAAGUAAGCUCAGUUGUGUCAGCCAACUGUCAAGUAUCUGGGAUUCCAUAUCUUUGAAGGUCAAAGGAUAAUGGGGCCUGAAAGAAAAGAGGCUGUAUGCCAAAUACCAACACUUAAGAACAGAAGACAAGUGCGAGAAUUCUUGGGGGCAGCAGGCUUCUGUAGGAUAUGGAUUCCCAGUUAUGCAAUACUGGCGAAACCCCUCUAUGCCGCUAUUAAAGGCACGGAACAUGAUUUCUUCCUGUGGACCAUCGAACAGCAGAACGCAUUUGAGGAUGUUAAGAAGGCAUUGAUGAGCGCCCCCGCAUUAGGUCUACCUGAUCAUACACAUCCAUUCUACUUAUAUGUACACGAGCAAAGAAGGAUGGCUGUGGGAGUACUGACACAGUAUCUGGGAUCAUGGCAACGUCCUGUUGCGUAUAUGUCCAAACAACUGGAUGCAGUAGCCAGUGGUCUUCCUCCUUGUCUAAGGGCCGUAGCUGCCGCCGCCCUGUUGGUAGCAGAAGCUGACAAGCUCACUCUGGGUCAGGAACUCUAUGUGCGAGUCCUGCACGCAGUACAGACGUUGCUAGACUAUAAAGGUAAUCAUUGGUUUAGCAAUAGCCGAAUGACUAAAUAUCAAGCCAUGCUAUGUGAAACUGUUAAUACCCUGAAUCCAGCUACCCUUUUGCCACAACGUAAUGAAAGUAAACAUGAUUGUUUGGAGAUAAUGGAUGAGGUGUUUUUCAAGCUAACCGGACCUUCAUGAUUUUCCCAUUCAGGACCUGGAUGUACAGUAUUAUACGGAUGGUAGUAGCUAUGUGAAAGAAGGAAUUACUCGGCAGCAGGUUGUAGAGUUGGGUAAAACUAUGGAGGAGGUACAGUAAUGGGUACAAGAUAGGUGACCUGUAAAUAUUUAUCCACCUGUCCAUUCUUACCAUCCAGGAGAUCAAGUUUGGAUAAAGGAGUGGAACAGUGUACCGUUGGGGCCAAAGUGGAGGGGUCCUUAUGCUGUUCUUUUGUCUACUCCAACAGCUAUAAAGGUGGCAGAGGUGACUCUGUGGAUUCAUCACUCCAGGGUUAAACCAGCAGCAGAUUUUUGGCAAGCUACUCAAGAUCCUGAAAAUCCCUGCAAGAUCCGGUUGAAGCGAGUGACCCAGUUAGAUUAAAAGUGUUUUUUGCGAAGAGUAUUGUUACAAGGGAACAUCAACAAAGAUCUACAAGUAGGUGUUUUGACGGCCACAAUAAAGCCUGACCACCUACCAACGUUUAAGCCAGAGGAAUCCUCUGUGAAGAACAGUGAGGAUCAGAAGGACUCCAUUCCCUGCAGCCCUCACACGCCUGGAAGCUGAGGUGCCGUCGCACAGUCGAAGAAUUAGGAAGAAGAUGUCAGGAGUAAUGUGUUUGAUGAUGUAUAUAUGUGUGUUUUUAAUUAUUCAGGAAGGUAGAGGUACCGACACACCAGGCUGCGAGGUUUGCAUUAAGACUACGAAAACAGGCAAUCGUAUUUCCCAGACCCUUAUUUGGCAUUCGCAAUAUGAGUGCACAGGACAUGUAUCAAAGUGUAGAUACCUAGGUACAGAUUAUAGUGUAUGCCAUAUAGGAGCAGGAGAACCUAGGUGUUUUAAUCCUGAGUAUCAGCCCUGUACAAUUUGGUUGACUAUUCGGAAUGAGAACGAACAGGGGAGCCUGAUAAAUAAGACUGUACUAGAAAGCGUACGUUCUCCAGGUGUUUUGCUAUUUGAUGCAUGUAAGGCGAUAUCAGGUAGUAGGAAGCCAUGGAAUGUAUGUGGUGGUCUUAAAUGGGAAAGAACGUAUGGGUCUAAUGAUAAGUAUAUUUGUCCUAGUAAUAAGCAUAAGUAUAUAGAUCCAAACUGCCUAAAUAAAGACUACAAUUAUUGUCCGUAUUGGUCCUCUGUGGGAUGGGCAACCUGGGGACACACAGUAGAUAAGGAUAUGAUUAUCACUAGAUUGCCUACCAAGCCAUAUUGUAAGUCUAUGGCGUGUAACCCAGUCCAUAUACUUAUCAAGGACCCAGAGCUAUUUAUAGAUAAGUUUGGGAAUCUAUUUGGGUUCCAAAUAUAUGGAACAGGUUUGGAUCCUGGGACGAUAUUAUACAUAGGAAUAGAGACAGAUACAGUGGCCCCCCAAACUCAUCAGGUUUUCCAUUCUUUUUAUGAGGAGAUGAGUGUGGAAGAUAAGGUUCCCCAUAAUGCCAAAAACUUAUUCAUAGACCUAGCUGAGAGCAUUGCUGGUAGUCUUAAUGUAACCAACUGCUAUGUGUGUGGAGGUACUAAUAUGGGAGACCAAUGGCCUUGGGAAGCAAAGGAGGUAAUGUAUUCUGGUUCUGAGACGGUUGAACAACUAAUAUCUUCUCAAUCUGAUUAUCAAGUGAGUGUUAGAGGUAAAUCUGAGUGGCGAUUAAAGACCUCCAUUAUAGGUUAUGUUUGUAUAGCAAGGAAAGGAAUAAUGUUUAAUACAUCUGUAGGAGAAUUGACUUGUUUAGGGCAGAAAGCCUAUAAUGACGAUACAAAGGAUACUAUUUGAUGGUCAGCUUCAAAUGUCUCGGAACCUAUUAAUCCAUUUGCCAAUUACACUAAUUUGAAAGAGGUAUGGUUUGAUUUAUCUGCUACAUCUAGUUGGAAAGCCCCAGCAAAAUUGUACUGGAUUUGUGGUAAGAAGGCAUGUUCGGAGUUACCACAAGACUGGGAAGGGGCAUGUGUACUAGGUAUGCUCAAACCAUCCUUCUUCUUGUUGCCAAUUGAAACAGGAGAGACUUUGGGAGUUAAAGUAUAUGAUGUAAAUCAUAGGAAGAAAAGGGCACCCCUAGAGAUAGGUACCUGGGAAGAUGAUGAGUGGCCUCCCCAGCGUAUUAUAGAUUAUUAUGGGCCAGCUACGUGGGCAGAGGAUGGUACUUAUGGAUACAGAACCCCAAUAUAUAUGCUUAAUCGUAUUAUAAGAUUGCAAGCAGUAGUUGAGAUAGUUACCAAUGAAACAUCACAAGCGCUCAAUCUCCUAGCGAAGCAUAACACUAGGGUGAGGACAGCCAUCUACCAGAAUAGAUUAGUUUUGGAUUACCUAUUGGCAGUAGAGGGAGGUGUAUGUGGGAAGUUUAAUCUAAGCAAUUGUUGUCUUCAAAUAGAUGAUGAAGGGCAAGCAAUAGCUGAGCUUACUAGCCAUAUGGUUAAGCUAGCACAUGUACCUACUCAGGUAUGGAAAGGGUAUAAUCCGAGUAGUUGGUUUGGUAGUUGGUAUGAGCAGUUUAGAGGAAUCAAGGCAUUGGUAGGUGGAGUCAUACUGAUUUUUGAUGUUGUGUCUCCUUCUGCCAUGUCUGAUUCCUUUGGUAAUUAGGUCUAUACAGAGUAUUAUAGAAAGUAUAGCAGAAAGAAAGGCCGCAGCACAGGUAAUGGCUGUUUGCAGGUAUGAAGCUCUAGAUCAAGGAGAAUACAUGCAGGAAGAGGAAUGUUGAGGGGUUCGUAUCUUUAGAGGAUCGCAAAGUCUAGUCUGGUUUAUGGCAACUUGAGGUGUAAGCAAACUAUGAUUGGUGAUGCAUCUGGAAUUAUUUUAAAUCAGAAGCAUCAAAGGGGAGAAUGUGAUGGAAUUCCAGUAAAAUAAAAGUUUAGCAGGCCAAGAUUGCCACAAGGCAUAUGUAGGUACAUGUGUUUGUAGUAUCAGUUAGUAAGUUACACGAAGCUAAGAUAAUGUCAUCACUGUACUGAGCAUGUGCAGGAAUGCAGGAACUGGAAUUACGCGUCCCUCUCCUUUGUUUCAGAUGAGCCACGUGGUUAGACCGGAUGGAUGAGUUUAGACUCAAUUCAUUGAUUAGGUUAAGGGUAUGUGUGGGCGUAGCUAAUUAUGGGAGGAGCUACAGUGCUAUAUAAGGAAUGUACUCUAUGUAUUCAGUGCUCAGAUCUUUGCUGUUUUUGGUGACAUAAGUCCCUCUGAGUCCCGGUCAGUGAAUCGAAUAAAGAUCUCUUCCUUCCUGAAGAAACCUGUGUCCAUCUCUCUGUGCUUGGCCUCCGUCAGUUUCCCGGUAACACUGCGACCGGGUACCGCCAUUACCAUCUGCAGCCCCAGCCCGGGCGGCAAACCGCCGGGGCUGCCGUCCAAGGGGUCCAUGCUGUCACGGCCACCCGACGGAUGUGGAUUGUGAGGUGGCCCGGUCAGCGCUGGACGCUUUAAGAGCGUGACCGGGCCCCCUGUGAUUACAUCACAGAGCUGGGAGGAAGUGACUGCACGUCACUCCUCCCAGCUAAUACUGGGAGCCGCGCGGGAGGAAGACCAGGGAGUCAGAGUGGGAACUCUGACUCCCAUGCACCUGAGCCACCACUGGACCCCAGGGAAUGUCACCCUCCUGCACCUUAAAGGUAGGAAACAGGAGGGUGACUUAAAUAUAAUGUGUGUGUGUGUCUUUGUAUGUAUGUGUCUUUGUAUGUAUGUCUUGUGUAUGUAUGUGUGUCUUGUCUUUGUAUGUAUGUGUUGUGUGUGUAGGUGUGUCUUAUGUAUGUGUCUGUAUGUAUGUGUCUUGUGUCUGUGUGUAUGUGUGUGUGUCUUUAUAUGUAUGUCUUAUGUGUGUGUCUGUGUGCAUGUCUGUGUGUGUGUGUGUGUCUGUAUGUCUGCCUGUAUGUUUGUAUGUAUGUGUCGUGUAUGUGUGCCUGUCUGUUUGUAUGUAUGUGUCUUUGUAUGUGUGUCUGUAUGUAUGUGUGCCUGUCUGUUAUAGUGGGCUAUAGCAAGUGGGCUACCUAGCUCAGUCUUCCUACUGGGCAUUGCUAUAAGUAAGGUUAAAAAAUAGAAAAAAGAAAGGUGCGGAGGGGAAUUGAGGAGGGUGGGGAGGGGAGCUGACGCACAGAUGAGAAAUCAUUUUAUGCGCAAACAGAGAAGUCGUCUGAAUAUCACCGAAAGAGGAGACCUUUGUUUGUUCCUUACGAAAAUCGAACCAGAUAUCAAAUAUUUAGUCUCGCAGUAUCAACCUCAAGGAUCUCAUUAAUCACUAGUAAAGGUAAUUUCAAUUGUUUAUUGUUUUCUCAUUAAACUUUAUAAAGUUAAAAACAUUAUAAACAUGCAUUAAGUAGAAAUAAAAAGAUAAAUGUACGUACAUUUUUUUUUUUUUUUAAAUGCCCUCCUUUCUAAAGAAUAUUCAGCACUUGCACGAAAACUGGUGGCCGGUAAGGAAAUGUUUCCAUCAAGAAAGGUGCAUUAGUGAGCGGUAAGAAGAAAAAGGUUGAUUACCACUGCUAUACACAGUGUGAACUGAGUCUGAGUGACUGUCACUAGAGAGGUUACUAAGUAGUAAUGUAAACACUGCCUUUCCUCUGGAAAGUCAGUGUUUACAUUAAAAAGUUUUCGGAGAGAGGAUAAAGACACCAGAACCACUACAUUAAACUGUAGUGGUUUUGAUGACUAUUGUGCCCCUUUAACCUAGCCCAAUAUUUCAGCCAAUGUUUUAACCUGCAUCACAACUCUUCAUCCAAAACCCAUCUGCACCGCGUCUCCUCCCCCUCAGUGACGCCAUACUUGUUGUCCCACCUGGGUUUAUGGGAGUUGUAGUCCGCUCCUCCCUCUAGACUCUGGAGUUACCUCUUCCUGUCCUCGGCGCUAUCUUCCUCUGUCCGGCGUAUUGUUAGGAAAGCGGCUCUUUCUUUCUGUCCUUCCCAGCGAUAUGUCGUGACUUUCCAGCCGGCUAGAGGCUUUCCCAGCACUGUGAUUCAGCCUAUCCCGCAGGCAGACUCUCAUCUCUCCGAACAGGCCGCGGGCCCCUGGGGGGGUCAAAGAGGAGCAACUAUGGCUCGGCCCAUCAUGCCGGUACCCAGCUCACAGAAAGCCCUGCUGCUGGAACUCAAGGGCCUACAGGAGGAGCCGGUGGAGGGCUUUAGGGUGAACCUGGUGGACGAUGGAGAUCUGUAUAACUGGGAGGUUGCCAUAUUCGGGCCCCCCAAUACCUUCUAUGAGGGGGGCUACUUUAAGGUGAGAUUGUGGGGGCAAAUACAAAAAAGGGGGGGUUUGUCCACGAGCUGGUGGUGGUAGUAUAGUUAUAGGCGGCUAUGGCUUUUAUAGGGGGCAGCAAGCUGUAACAGUGGGCACUACAGGCAGGGAGGGAAACAAAGGGGAUCAUUUACCAGGUUCCAAAUCCAUCUUAUUAUAAUUAUUGGCAUUUGUAUAGCCCCAACUUAUUUCGCAGCACUUUACAAUAUUAUAAAAGGUGGACAUUUAACAAUAAAUGUAACAGUUACAAAAUGUUAAAGGAACAAUAGGUUGAUGAGGAUCCUGUUUUGUGUGUGUGUGUGUGUGUGUGUGUGUGUGUGUCUCUCUCGCUCUCACACACCAUACUUUGAUUCUUAAAAGGAAAUCUUUAUCACAAACGUAAAUACAGUGACUGUGCAGAACACUGAUGUAGCAUUUUUAACCCUUUGAUAAUGUGUUGGUAAUCUAUAUAGACUUAAGGUGUACUGAUCAAUAUAACUCCUCAGUUUUGGUGUAUCAAAUGGAAAACAAAAAUGCAGACUCUUAAAUUUUGUGUAGUUCUACCACAAAUACAUUUUGUUUGUAAAUAAGGUAAAACUCCUAAGCAUGCUAUGUCAAGCAGAAGGGAACAAUGCAGUUUAUCAACUUAUUUUACAGUGACCUAGUGAAUUUUAAAAAUAUAAACUGUUUCAAAGUAAGAUGUGCCCUUUCAAUAUUGGUGGUGGUAAUGCUCUGCUAGCUUUUAAAAAUCAGCUUGUACUAACAAAGACUGCUCUUUGUGGUGAGAGCUGGAAGUGCCUCGGGAUAGUUCCAUUUACCCUCCCCCAAUGUUAUUGAAAGCUUUGCAGUUUGUUUAGGUGCAAAGGCUGCAAAAUGGCUUUCAAUAUGUAGUAUGGGAUCCAUAUAUAGUGUGUAUCUCCUAGGCAUUGCAGCAAUGAAAUUGAAAAGAUCUCUUUCAUUAUCUCUGUAUUUUUAAAGGCUCGUCUGAAGUUCCCUGUAGACUAUCCGUAUUCACCUCCCGCAUUCCGCUUCCUUACAAAAAUGUGGCAUCCCAAUAUUUAUGAGGUAAGUGAUGUGAGAUGUGUAAACCCGCUGUUGUAGGUUUUGUACUAUUUCCUAACAUAUUGGUGCAUUAACAAAAUAAAAUCCAGUACUUCAAGAAUAUGCAUUAAGUUACAUCUGAAUACAAAAGCAAAGCGGAACAUUCAGUGCAACGUUAAAGCCAUUUUAAAGGUGAAUUUACAAAGUUGCACUGUUGCCUAAAUCCUCUUCUAGUGGCUGUCUCUCAGACAGCUACUAGAGUGACUUACUGGACCUGCAGGACUUAAGCUUAAUGUCUCUACACUUUACAUUAAGACACUGAAUGCUCCACAUAGUGAUGCAAAUUGCUGCAGCACUUUAAUUUGUCACGUUUGUACACUAAUCUUCUAAUGCUUCCCUAUGGAAUAUAUUUAAAAAUGUAUCAAUGUUUUUAAUAAAUAAAUAAACAUUGUAAAAGUUUUUCCAAAAACUGCAUUUGCAUUUCUUCAGAAGGACUAAAAUAAUUUGCACUUGGAAAAACUUACUUAAAGGCUAUUUGUUUGGCAUUGAAAAAAUAUUAAUGCUUGGAUUCUGGCAAAUACUAGUAGCCUUUGUAGGCUUCUGGCUCAGAGCAAUAGCUAUGCAGUUAUACCUGUUAUAUAGGCUGAAAAAAAGACUUGUGUCUAGCAAGUUCAGCUUUUCUCAUAUCUUUUUUUGCUUUUAAAUUUAAUAUGUAAAAAAACGUUUGACGCUCUUUCAAUUUUGCAACAAACUAGGAAAUAGUUCCUUCUUGACCCUAGAAUAUCAGCCAGAUAUCUCUUUAGAUCAAGAAGCUGUUACCCCUCUAAUUAAAAAUUAUAUUUCUAAAAAUUAUUUUUUUUUGAGUACUCAUCCAGUUGUACAGACCUCUCCAGAUGGCUCCUGCAGUCUAGCAAGCUAUAAAAAGAGUAGGAGAUAAGAAAUUCUAAACUAUCCUUCUGAAAAUUAAAAUUUUUUGCAUUGCAGGGUUAAAGGGGCACCCACACCACUUAAUCUCAUUGCAGUGGUCUGGUUGUAGUGUCCCGUUUCCUUAAAGUGGCACUGUCACCGUUUCCUUAAAGUGGCACUGUCACAGAAUUUGCAAAGGUGAGUUCUAUUUACCUCUACCUGUCUCUCGCAGGCGCCGCCAUCUACUUCCGGUGGGUCCUCUUCAGCUCCUGGUAUUUAAGUGCCAGGAGCCGACGUCUCUGCUGUACUCUCGCGCAUGUGUGAGGUCUACAGGGGAUCCUGCAGUACUGUGGGAUCCUUAAUACAUAAAUCCAAUUUUCUGCAUUCGUCACUGGUGACGGCUGAGGGGGAUUGAUUCUUCUAGACAGCGCUAGCUGUGUCUAGGCAUAGGAGAGAUACAGAGAUAAAGUAGUCCCUACUUUAACUAACUGAAAUUCCAGCAAAGUCAUUGUGAGUAUUUCAUAAAGAUUCUAUCUUUAAUAAAAACUCAUAUUUCAUAUGGGGUGACAGUGCUGCUUUAAACCUGUGAUGUAAAGCAUUGCAGUUUUAGAGAAACUUCGGUGUUUACAUUGCAUUGUUAAGACUGCCUCUUCUGGAUCUAUGAUGUUGCAGGUGGAGGAGCCUGCCCGAUCCAGCGCCAAGAGGCCCAUGUGCUGCUAUUGGGUAAGUGAAAAUAGUGUGUUUUUAACCCUUUUGUGAUUGCGCGGCGGCACUUUUUAGGAAUACAAUUUAGUAUCCUAACAUUUUAGUGUUACUUUAAGGGUACAGGGACACUGCACCCAGACCACUUCAAUGAGAUGAAGCUGAAGUGGUCUGGGUGCUUAUAAGUGUCCUUAUAAGUUUGUUUUAUAUACAAAAGAUGCACACCUUAGUUAAUAACUAAAUUCUCGUUUUUAUAUAAACAAAGUAUAUCAAACAAAAUAGACCAUGUUAUAAGGCUAUAAUUAAUGAUAGAGGCUAUACAACAUGCACUAAAUCAAACAGGCAUAUAAGCUUUUUUGUAUAUAAUAUGUUGUUUGGCAAAUAUGUAUAUACACAUACACACUCUAUAUCUGCACAGCUCCCUCGUGUGUCCUGCAGUGAGCAGGCAGCUGAAAUAUGAGGUCAUAUAUUGUGUGUGUGUGUGUGUGUGUAUGUAUGUGUGUGUGUGUGUGUAUAUAUAUAUAUAUAUAUAUAUAUAUAUAUAUAUACAUAUACACACACACACACACACACACAAUAUAUGACUUCAUAUUUCAGCUGCCUGCUCACUGCAGGACACACGAGGGAGCUGUGCAGAAUGAGCACAGUAAGUAAUGGGCCCACUUGCUGCCCGGACAACAACUGGGGCACAUUACAAGCGGUUCAGGACUGCAUGCAUGCCGCAAGUCGGACACGCAUACUUUACAGUAUCAGGCUGCUGCUAGAUAUACAUUGCUGAAGGAGCCACACCUUUGCACAUCCUAGUCCUGUGAUGACCCCUUUUAGACUUUUAACUAAGUUGCACUUGGCCAGUGGCUAUUCACUGUUCAGCACCACAUAAAAGCAGGUACCACAUCUCCUGAGUAUUUACCAUGCAACUCUGUUGUAGUGACUGGAUGCAGGGGUGUGAACUCCUUUCCCAUGUUUGUUAAUCUGCAUCUCCCCAAAAGAAGCCCAGUGCAUAUUGACUCAAUCUCCCCUGCUCACACAAGAGACAGUGGUUCACAAAUUUCUCAAAGACUCUUUAUUUUAUGUGUUUAUGAAAUUUAUUGUUAAUAUUUUUUAUUUUUUUUGUGUGUAGUUUUUUUUUUUUUUAUUUAUUUAUUUUUUUGUGGUUUUGGAUUGGGCAUAAAAUGGCGUUUAAUAAAAAAACAAAAAAAAACACAAAAUACAUAUAACCAUACUAAAAAAAUAAAACAAAACUGAAAAAGAGGGAGAGAAAGGGAACAAACAAAGAAAUGUAGAGAGAAGGGAAGUACCCCCUCCCCUGGAUGGGCUUUGCAAUGAAACAAACAUCUAUUUUCUGUAGUCUGUAUAUAGAAUACUUUAUUUAAAAUCUGAGUGAGAGACUGGCUACUUUCCAAUGUUUGGGAAUGCAUAGCCUAGUCGCCUUACAUAUUCUGAAGAUCUGUUUUUUGGCCACAGGUGUGAGGCUUGUCAAUCUUGAGGCCUGUCAAGAUUGUCAUCAAUUAAUCUAAAAAAAAAAAAAAAACAACCACAAAAAAAAUCUCCAAACUUAAGGUUGCUAAGAGAUUUUAUUCUCCUCAUCACAACCCCAAAAGCGAGAAAUGAAAUGGCUAGAUAUGUCAGAGAUUGGUAGGACUUGGUACCAUUUAGUUAGUCUUCUCAGAGUUCUCACACAGCACGUGCAAACAGUCACCUUGGAGGAAUUUUCAAGAAUCAGUCCUUUUCUCAGUAUCUUGUUGUGUGUUUUUUUUUUUUUUUUUUAAAUGAUUUUGAAAAAUUUUUUGUUUUUGUUUUUUUUCUGUCUAGCCAUGGUUGAAGGUACCAUCUUCAUGAGUAUGUGCAUUUCCAACCCAUUUCACCGAUGGGAAAUGGGUUGGAAAUGCUGACUCCCAUAUUACUAGAACAACGUGUUAUUAAACUAGCAACAUUCCAACUUAGCCAAUACAGUUGCAAGGACAUAAAGAAAUGCGAGUGUGUGUCUUUGUGGUCAUUGUGAGAUGGAAGGUUGUUUUAUCAGAAGCUACUUGGUGUUCUUUACUACUUUAAACAAAAACACAUUGUGUGAUUUUUUAAUUAAUGGUUCUUAUAGUCCUCAUUAUUGUCUGUACAUGAUAUGUUGUAUCUUUCUUGACAAUGUUUAAGGUUUCAGUAAGUAGUUGACUGGAACAACUACAGAUAAUCACAUGAGUAUUUUCUUUAAGAGCAAUGAAGACAUUUUUAAAAAAGAUUUUAUUUAAUUUUUUACAUUUUUACCUUAAAUACACUUAUUAACUUUCAUAAUAAUGCUUGUAUUUAAUAAGUCCCUCUCUUUGUUCAAUAUUGGAAAGUAAUGCAUGGAAAAUUAGCAUAACUAAACAGGUUUGUUGUGCUGGCUCUUACAGAAUGGCGAUGUGUGUAUCUCUAUCCUACAUCCUCCAGUAGAUGAUCCACAGAGUGGAGAGUUGCCAUCAGAGAGGUGGAACCCUACACAGAAUGUGCGGUAAGGCUAUAUGUUGAUAAUCUGCCUUUUUAGUGCUUAUUCACUAAAUAAUGAAUUACAAAAUCCAGGUUAAAUAGCUAAAUAAUUGGAAUAUUUAUCCAAUUCAGCCAUGUUAGCCUAAAUAUACCAAUUUGGUUAUGCAUUUAUGAAACAUUAAAUAAAAGCCUUCUAAAGAAAAUAGCCUAUUUUAAAGGAACGGGGGGGACGGGAUUUGGGAAAUCUUAUUGGCGGUAAGAGCUGCAUGUGGAUUAAAGCCACUGUGGUUUAAUAUUUGUCUGUGAGGCUAAAUUUUGAAGUCAAACCAACAAAGUAAGAAAAAACUGGAAGCAGGAAUAGAGACAUGCAACAAACUGUGCCUUAUAUUGCGACCUGGUUAGGUACCGUGCGGAGCGUCAGUUUUGUGCUGGAGCUGUACAAGAAGGGCAUCAGUCUGCACGGUAUGAUGUUCCACAGCAAUUGAGGGCUGUGUGGUAGUGUGAUGCUGAAUGGUAGGCUAGAUAUUCGCCUGGUUGUGCCCUGCAAUCACGGAGUUUUGCUUUAUGGCGACCGAUUGGCUCUGCCAGCAAGCCACAUCCCGAGGAACAGUAUUUCUAACACUAUAGUGCUGGAGUGACUGAUUAGGUCCCCUGAUCUCCUCUCUGUAAAAUUCAAAGGUUUUUAGUUUAACUCUUUAUCCCGUGGCCGGCCCCGUUUCCAUGGCUAGAUCAGUCUUGACUUUUCCAUAGGAAAGAAUUGGGAGGCUAUAGCGCAUGCAUGGCAAAACACAGUGCCUUACCAUUCAGCAUCUCCUCACAGAGAUGCAUUGAAUCAGCGUGGAGAUGCUGUGCAGCCCUGACAUAGAAAACUCCUCUAGUGGUGUCUGAGUGACUGCCACGAGUUACGUAGUUGUCUAGGUUGACAAAAAGACUAAAGUCCGUCCAUUCGUUUAUACUGUUGGUCCAAAAGAAGGCAAAAAACCCUGCAAUAGUGGCCAUUUCCAAUGAUGCCACAAAAAAUCCUUCUUGACUCCGUAAUAGCAAUUUUUUUACAUUCAUAUCAGUUAUAUCUUAAAUAUUCUGUUAAUGCAAAACCGCAUCCAAGCCUUUUUUAUAUGUAUCUAAAGAAACUGAUAACAGAACCUCUUUAGACAGAGAAUUUCACAUCUUUAUUGUUAUUACUGUAAAUGACCCAUUCCUCUGCUGUAAGCUAAAAUGCAUUGUUGUGUAUCCCUGCCAAUGAACAGGUUAGCACACAGCGGCUUGUAAUGACCCUGUAUAUAUAGUGCUGUCAUAUCCCCUCUGAGAUUCCUUUUUUCUAAAGAAAACAAUUGCACUUUUUCUAUUUCCACAAUAUCCUACGUUAAAACUGGUACCCUAAAUUGCCUUGCAUAUUCAAGGUGCUUUUUUACACGAAAGCACCUAACUAGCUUUUGCAACCACAGACCAGCAUUGCAUACUGUUGCCUCGUUUUUGUGUUUAAUUGUUCCCAUUUAAUGUAUGUCACUUGUAGGUUCCGUAUCCCAAACCGCAUGACUUUGCAUUUCUCUGUAUUAAAUCUCAUCAGGUAUUUGCCUGCCCAACCCCUCAAUUUAUCCAAAUUCUUCUGUAGAGAAGUUCUAUCAUGUUCAGAAUGUAUGUGUGUGUGUGUAUGUAUAUAUGUAUAUAUAUAUAUAUAUAUAUAUAUAUAUAUAUAUAAUCUCUAUCUUACAAAGUUUUGUGGUGCCUGCAAACACAGCCAAAUUACUUUCAAUGUCCACUUCAACAUAAUUUUUAAACCGAUAAGAGAAGACACUCCACUUACAUUUGAACAUUUUCCAUAUACAGCUACUCUCUGCACUCUAUCUUUAAGCCAGUGUUCUAUCCAAGAACACAAUUCUGUAUCUAAACCAACUAAAUUCAAUUUUACUAGUAACAUUUUGUGUGGAUCUGUAUCAAAUGCUUUAACAAAAUCCAAGUAGAUUAUGUCUACUGGAACUCUCUGAUAUAGAUAUAGAUAUAUAUAUAUAUAUAUAUAUAUAUAUAUAUAUAUAUAUAUAUAUAUAUAUAUAUAUAUAUAUAUAUAUAUAUAUAUAUAUAAUUUCAUUCUAUUAAGAAGUCAGUAAAAAUAAAUAAAUAUAAACAUGUAUUCCUGACACUAUAGGUCUAACUUGCCAUUUAGGUAGCCAGCCCCCCCUUGCCCUGGUUAAAGAAAGGCGUCUGGGCCGCCCACGCUCUGCCACCUUGGCUGAGAUGAUCAAUUUUGUGAUUUCCCAUAGGUGUCGUCAGGACAGUCUCUUCUAGGCAGCCCCUUUGCUUCUUAUGUGCUAAUCAUUGGGGAUCUAUGUUGUGUGUACAGUAAUUGCUGUGUAGCACCAAUCCAGUGCUGUUUUGUGGAGACUUGUUUUUGCAUAUUUGUGCUGUGCACGAAUACCCCAAAUGUAAAGACAGUCGCUAGAGGCAUGUUCUUGGACAAAUGUAAUCAAUCCUUGGACAUGAUUUACAUUGGGCUUUUUGCAGCCGGUUUUAAGUCGGUCUGUGAGCUAGGUACACUGAUUGACCAUCAGUCACGUAAAGUUCUGAUGGUGCUUAGCAUCAACGAAAGGCAACUGUCUUCGCAUCAUCGGUUUCUUAUGUUAAAUGUGUAAGUGCAUAAUUGGAGUGUCUGGAGUAUGGGUGUCUGAUCACAAUUUGUCUUAAUCCUGUUGGUGAUCGUUACAGAGGGAUAGGGAAGCUAAAUGCCCUGUAUAUGUCAAUGUGUGAUACAUUUAGUAGCCUGUGUGUAAUGCAAGGAAGCUGUUUGCAUGAAAUGGGUUCUGUCUGAAAGAUCUCUUCUGUAUUUUUACUGACUUAAUAGUAUUGGAUAAAGUAGGAGUACAUCUACAUUUUUUUUUUUUUAGGCUAAUCCAUAAACAUAGAAAAAAAACAUGUUUCCUUGAGUAAUAUAGUUAAUUCAGUGAUCUUUUAUUCCCCUAUACAGAACCAUUCUUCUCAGCGUCAUCUCUCUCCUUAAUGAGCCAAACACUUUCUCUCCAGCCAAUGUCGAUGCUUCUGUCAUGUACCGAAAAUGGAAGGACAGCAAGGGGCGGGACAGAGAGUACACAGACAUUAUUAGGUAAGUAGUGUACCUACCUUGGCAUAUCUCUUUUCGGGAAGAGGUUGCAUUAUGUCCUUUAAUCUGUCUUGGAUGCUAGAAUUAAUAGAUUAUGUCAUCUAGAUAGUCCAUGUUUGGUGCAUAAAGGUACUUGAGGACAACAAGUGCCACAUACACACUCCACUCCCUGUGUACAAAUGGUACCAAUAGAAAAUGGCCAGAAGUAGUUAAGAAUACUUAUACAUGUGCAGAUAUAUGCAGAUAAUGUUCCAUGUAAUAGAUUCAUAAAACACAAAAAACAAUGCAUAGUAUAGACUGUAUUUACAAAUAAAUGAGUAUAAGAGUAAUUGGAUACACUCACGAAUUCCAGAGCCGUGCCAGGCUCUGUGUGUAAUGCCCAAGGGUGCCUCAAAAGGCUAUGUAGAGGAUCUUAAAUGAUGUCCCCCAAGACUCUGGAAAAAGCAGCAAUGAUGAUGAUAUUAAAAAUAAACAAAUUUAUUACAAUAAAUGUAAAAAAAAAAAAAAAAAACUCUCUGCAGGUCCCAUAUGGUGACACACAAGCUCACAGCUAUGCAGACGCGUUUCAACUCAGUCCAAGUUUUCAUCAGUGCAUAAAAAUCAUCCAGCUGCUAUUCCUUUUAAAUUCGCCGCUUCUAUGGCUGCCGGUCACGUAGGUGGAAGUUGGGCUGACCGGCGUCUGAUGUCACUUCCGGUAUUUUCGGCGCUAAUUUCAUCAGUUUAGUUUAAUUCAGUUCAUUUGCCCAAUUGAAACAGAAAGCUCCAUAUUGUAAAUGGGCGCCUAUAAUAACUCUUAAAGUGCAUAAAAAUAGACAAUUCAUCAUAAUAUAAAGUAACAUCUAUAAAAAAGAUAAUAAUCAUAUAUAGCUCUUCUCUGUGGAUCCCUUACAAGGGGGAAAUGAUAAGAGACAUGAGUAAUUAUACAUAAUAGCAUAAAGAUUUAUAUCACAUAUACAAUAUGUAGAUACAGCCCAUAUAGAUAGGAUUGGUUGAUCAGAGAGUGCAAAAUACUAAUCUGAAAAAAAAUAAAUAAAUAAAAAAAAUAAAUAUAUAUAUAUAUAUAUAUAUAUAUAUAUAUAUAUAUAUAUAUAUAUAUAUAUAUAUAUAUAUAUAUAUAUAUAUAUAUAUAUAUAAAAUCAAAUGUAAUGAGCUGGUACUAAAAAUGCAUAGUAUAUGCAUGUAAAAGGAUACAAAAAAAUCAUAUGCAAAACUAUAAAAAAGAGCCAGCGCAAAAUCUAAAUUUAAAUCAUUGGGGGAUAGAGUGUUUAACUCAAAUAUCCACCUGCUUUCAAAUUUGCAAAGUUCUUUGAAAUUGUCCUCGCCUCUCCAAUCCUUUUUUCUUUUGGGCAAUGGCAAUAAAACUAACAUGGGAAGGGUCACUAUUGUGGCAUUGUGAAAAAUGUGCAGAGACACUGUGUUUAUUGCCCAAAUGUUAUCUGCACGUGUAUAAGUAUUCUUAACUACUUUUGGCCAUUUUCUAUUGGUACCAUUUGUACACAGGGAGUGGUCCCUUUUCUAUUGCCUUGCAAUUUUGUUCACAGUGUAUGUCAGAAUUGAAAGAAAAAAAUAAAUAAAAAUUCUUUUAAUACAAUGUGUGUCACGAACACACCCUACUUUAAGAGUGUGUGAUGUUGUGGUGGUGCUGAAAGGGUUAAAGUUCACUAUUUGUCUGCACUAGACUUAAAAUAAUGAUACAAUCCCCCUUAACACCACCCACACUAAAGCAUAAUAAUAUAAAUAUUCUAAAGCUGCCACCACCAAGACAAUUUAUAAAUGGAGUGCCUUUGUCCCCAAAGUAACUUGAUAAUAAAAACCAACCAAAUACAACUUUGCACAAUAUCUAAUUGAAGAACACUAAUUAGUCUCUUCAGGUAAUGUAAUUCUUUACCAGACAAAAGCAGAACUUAAUACAGGAAUAUUUAUUAUGAGCAAAAAAUAGUCCCAGUGCAUACAAAAAUAGAUGAUAAAUUAUUUACACCAACAACAGAUAAAACCAAGAGAGAUAAAAUAACAGUCAUAAUCACUUAGGUUUUCAAAGUAAAACUUAUGCCCAGGGGGUCAUUGGUAAGGAAGAUGGUGACUCACUCAGAAUUAGAUUCUGGUCCCCAAGCAAGUACAAUGCACACUUAGUAUAAUUAGAUAUAUACCCUGUGGAUUACCAAGCCUCGUCCAGAGGUGGAGAUAAGGCGUACCUAUAGUAACUAUAAGUUACCACCCCCUUGUGUUCCAGACGAACAUCAAUAUAAAAAGGGAAACAUUUGGUUCUAUCUCUUGUGUACUUGCCACAGAAAUAAUAAUUGCAUCUAUGAAUUUACAAUUUUUCUCAUCCAUUGAUAUUCCACACUCCUUACUUGUGACCCAAAAUAGCAGACAUCACAAUCACUUCCCCUAUGGUUAAGUUACGCACAUCAUGUUUGGGCUUGAUUAGAUUGUGCUUGUCCUAUUAUGAAUAUAAUAAAAGAGGGAAUCUAGACAUGGCAAAUGUGUGACUUCUCACACCUUGCAGAGCAUUUGAUUAAUCAAAGGAUCAAUCCGUAUGGUAAACCAUCUGACUCCUUUUACAUUACCCCUUCUGUCAUCUGAUCUCUACCAAACGGUCAAAAUAUAUAUAUAUAUAUAUAUAUAUAUAUAUAUAUAUAUAUAUAUAUAUAUAUAUAUAUAUAUAUAUAUAUAUAUAUAUAUAUAUAUAUAUAUAUAUAUAUAUAUAUAUAUAUAUAUAUUAUAUACACAAAUUACAUUAAAUGGCAAUAUUCUAUUGUGCAACAAUGAAUUAUACACCCUUGUGUUCUGUCAUGAAGCAUGACUGACUGGUUUCUUGAUAGUCUCAAAUGCUUUUAACAAUGAUAAUUCUUGCUGUGUCAUCAUAAAUAAUUUAAAACUUAGUCAGUACCACGGACAUUUUAGACAGUGACUUAAAUGGAAAGGCUGAUCUAUAUAAUUUCUGUAAUAACUCCCUGCCGCCCUCCUCCCUCCUUAAUGUCAUAUUCUCAGGUUAUUGUUGUGUAAAAGUGGUCACUUUUUGCUUCCUGGGAUUUUCUUCAAAGUGUGUAUUAGAAUGCUAAUUAGCUUCCAAACACUCCAAUAUAUACCAGCAUAUACAAUAAUGUCUUUAUUACUAUUAUUUAGGAUGUCUUACGAUUCCAACAAUUAUUCUCAUGAUUAAGACAGCCCUCAAUAAACAAUAUGCCCACAUCAAUCUUGAUUGAAGAACAUAUGAAAAUAACUGUGUGGCCUAUCCAGUCUGCCUGUUAUCAUAUAUUUGUUGCAUUUAAAAAAGCUUUAAAGUACUCUAUAGUGUUGGGAAUACAAACAUGUAUUUCUGACACUAUAGUGUCAUGCUAACUGUCUGAGCAGUAAAAAACCUUUUUAUUUAUCUUUCGCUGUACCGAUCUCCAAACUGUUGCCUGGCUGAGAUCACCAAGAUUCCUAUAGUAAAGCAUUGGGAGGCUAGUGUGCAUGCAUGGCAAACUGCUGCGCUGUACCAAUCAAGUGCUGUCUAUGAGCAGCAUUUGAUUGAGAACAGAGUCUGACAUGGAUCUCACAAAGGAAGCACCACUAGUGGCGGUUAGGAGCACAGCCACUACAGGUGAAACAAGAAGUUUUUUUUACAUUGUACGGUUAAAACGGCAGGGGCAGUACACCUGGAUCACUUCAUUGAGAUUGAGUUGUUCAGGUGUCUUAAGUGUCCCUAUUAAGAAUAAUUUUGGAAGCUUGCAGAGGAAAGUGUGGGUUUUUUUUUUUUUUUUUUUAAUUCUUUAUUUAUUCCAAGGCAGUACAUUACAUUGAAAACAUAAUGCAUCAUAACAUUGCAAUAUAUUGUUACAUUGUGCAUGACCGUAUUCUAUCGUAUUUUCAAUAAAAGUAGGCCAACACUCCUUUCAAACCGUUACUUAACCAUUGUAACAUGGAGUGCGUCUAUCACACGAUACAUCGCUGUUUCCCUGUCCACCCCGGUAAAUUUUUAAUUUAUAAAGAAAAGUAUAAUAAACAUAAGGAGGCUGAAGUUACCAUACAAACAUUUCUUUUAUCGAUAGGACAUGCCCUAUCCAUUCCUAUGCGGUCGUGUACGGAUCCUAUAGAUCCUAUUCGUGAGCUCAUUCGAAUUUCUAUCCGUUUGCUCCUGUUAUCACCUGUCCACAUCCUUUAGCGAUGCAAAUUAUUUACUUAUUGUAUGGAAAUGUUAGAUCAGUUGUGAGGAGUUCUCACAAAAAAAGCAGGAAAAGAGGAGUAAGAGGGGUAAGUAUGAAGAUAGGAAGUGGGAGUAUGGGGAGGGGAGCGCGGGGGAAUCCAGGCCAACCUACAUCUAUCCGAUACAAGCCCGUCCAAGGGAGUCUCUCGUGUGUCCAUCAAGCACUUGCUGCCCCAAUUUUUUUUCAAACUUUUUCGUUGUACCCCUAACCCGGGCUGUUAGGUCAUCCAUCAGAUAAUUAUCUUUAAUUUUCCGAAUCAACGCAGUGAUUUCUGGGGCCUCUCUUUGCAGCCAUACCUGUGCCAAAGCUCUCCUAGCGGCUAGGUUCACUUUAUAAAAUAGGGUCAGUUCUGUUUUUGUCUAGUUUUCUAUUGAUUUGGCUAAUAAGAAUACCCAUGGGUCUAGCUUAACCUCCCUCUCAAAUAUUUCUCACAACAAUUGCGCAAUUUGUUGCCAAUAAACUUGUGUAAUUGGGCAUUCCCACCACAUGUGAAUAUAUGUGCCCUUGAGGCCGCACCCCCGCCAGCAUAGGUCUGUAGUAAUUUGGUUCAUACGGCUCAACUUUACCGGUGUAGCAUACCAUCGAAAUAGCGUCUAUGAUUGUUCCUGCAGCGAGACACACAUAGAGGACUGCGCGGCUGCCUCCCAUAUAAGGGGUCAUUGGAGAAGGGGAGGACACCAAGCGAUACUUAGUAGCGGCUGCAUCCCAUAUCUUCAGUGAAUUGAAAAUUGCAGGACAUGUCACACUGAUGUUUGGUCUGUGCUCCCUAGGGGUCCACAUAAAGAACUGAGGUAUAUCCAUCCCCAUAAGGGAUGCUUCCAGGUCCACCCAUCUCCUUUCCUCCGGUGGAGAGUGCCACAGCGCCAACUGGGCCAGCUGGGCUGCCUCAUGAUAAAAAUAUAGGUGCCCAGGCCACCCCUGUCCCUAGCCCGGUAAAGAAUGUUGCGUGAGACCCUAUGCUUCUUAUUCUACCAUAUAAAUUUGCCAAUGGUUUGUUGGAGCGGUCCCAAGUCAGAUCUGGUCACUCUGAUCGGGAGCGCCUGAAACAAAAACAAUAUUCGAGGUAGCACAUUAAUUUUUACGGAAUGAAUCCUCCCUAUGCAAGAAAUUGCUUUUUCUGUCCAGCUCUCCAUGUCUGUCAUCAAUAUCCUAAUCAGCAGGGUAUAAUUCUGUUGGAAUAAUUUAGAUGGGUCUGCCGUCAGUCGUAUUUAAUGUGGUCUCCUGUUAUUCGUAAUUGAUAGGUCUUCCCUAUGUAGGUUACGUCCAUCUCUGACAUACCUAUGGGUAGUACGCUGGACUUGUCCAUAUUUACCUUAUAUCCGGCCAGUUCUCCAAAUUUCUUCAAGACAUCUGUUAGCGCCGCCAUGGAUUCCCUCGGUUCUGUCAGUCCGUAAGACGUCAUCUGCGAAUCCUCGCACCACGUAUCGUUGCCCUCCGACUUCUACCCCUUUAUUGUCUGGGCUGCGCUUAUCGCAUGAAGGAGUGGUUCCAACAAAAGAGCGAACAAUUAGGGCGACAAUGGGCAUCCCUGUAUUGUGCAGUUGCUUAGACCAAACGGAGUUAUCUUUGCUCCCGAAAUGCGCCCUGACGUUAGUAUACAUGGCUCGAAUCGCCGUUGUGAACUGAGCUGGGAAGCCAUAAUGAUCCAGCAUUGUGAAUAAAUAAGGCUAUUUAACCCUGUAGAAAGCUUUCUUGGCGUCCAACGACCGUAACAUCGUCUGUAUUUUCCUUGUGUUUUGUUUCCAAAUGAGGUCCACAUUACGUCUGGUAUUUUCAAAGAGUUGCCCGGUAUGAACCCCACCUGGUCAGGGUGAACUAGCCGAUUCAGCAUUCAGGUUUAUCCUGGCAGCCAGAAUUUUCGCUAGUAUUUUUGAAUCAUGGUUGAUCAGGGAUAUCGGGCAAAAGUUUUCUGGGGCUGAUAGAUCCCGGUUUCGGCAGUAAGACCAUAUCUGCUAGCGACAUGUCUCUGUCAGGUGGACCUCCGUCCAUUAGUUCGGUGAACCAAGCUUCCAUAUGUGGAAUAAGCUCUUCCCUAAAGGUUUUAUAAUAGGUGCCAUCGAAGCCAUCUGGUCCCGGUGCCUUGUUACUCUUCAAUGUGGAUAUUGCUACGUGCAUUUCUUCUGCCAAGAUCUGUUUCCUCAAGGCGUCUGCUUCUGCCCCAUUCAGUGUUGGCAAAUCCAGCCCAGCAAGGAAAGCUUGUAUCUUGUCUCUUUCACUUUGCAUAUCGGCGAGAUCUGUUGUGGAAUGAUUCUAUAGUUUAGUAAAGAAUUCUGUGAAUACUUUUGCUAUGUCUGUAGGGUUCGUGUGAUAUUGACCUGAGGCGUCUUUAAUUUUGGUGAUGAGGGUUCCAUGUUGCCUUGGUUGGAGUGACCUCGCCAGCAGGGUGUCCAUCUUAUUGGCUUUUUCAAAAUAGGUCCGUUUAGACCCUAUAAUAGCCCGUGCCGUAUCGUCUAGCAGCGUUCCAGGAACCGAGGCCCUCAAUUCCUGAACCGCUAGUAGGUUAGUGGGUGUAGAAUCAGUCUUAUGUCUCUGUUUAGCCUUACGCAAGGACUCCAGGAGGGAUGAUAGUAAGAGGGUUUUACGUUUUUUCUUUAGUGUUGCUUCACGAAUUAAUAUGCCCCUGAUCACUGCUUUAUGAGCUGACCACACCAUCACCUUCGACAGGUCCGAGUCUCUGGCAAAAUAGUCCGUUGGUUCCUUCCGCACCAUGUCGACAAUCGCCCGAUCACGGAGCAGAGACAUAUUUCAUUUCCAGGGCCAGGGGGAUGCCGCACUUAGUUUAUCCAGGGUUAGGGAAAUGUCUGCGUGGUCUGACCAAGUGAUGGAGCCUACAGUCGAUUCCGAUACUUUGGGUACUGAUGAGGGGCUAACCAAAAACAGAUCUAUUCUUGUAUAGGUAUCGUGGGGGGCUGAGUAAAAUGUAAAAUCACUAUCGUCCGGGUGCUGCGCUCUCCAUAUAUCUAUGAGGCCUGUAUUUUGCAUGAAGAGAUGUAAUAAUUUGUCUUGUCUGCCUUUUAGUGUGAUCUGGGGAGAUCUUUACUAGAUCCCCUAUCUCUCGCUGGGCAUGGAGCGGCAUUGAAAUCACCCUCCACUAUUACCAUUCCAUGUGAUAAUGCGUUGAUUUCCUGAGUCAAUUCUACCCAGAACUUCCUAGAUGGGUCAUUUGGGCCAUAAAGGUUGAGAAUAUGUAUACUAUGGGAGUACAGCGUUCCUGACAGAAGUACAAAACGGCCUCCCGAGUCUGUGUGUACCCUAGAAACCUUGUGGGCACCUACGGUGUAUCAAAAUAGCCACCCCAUUCCUCUUAUUGAGAGCUCUAGAUUCAUACGUGGUGCGGUACUCAUGGUCCAUAAGCGCAAAUUUCGCAGAUGCCUGUAUAUGUGUCUCCUGCAGGAAGGCUAUAUCGGGGUUCAAUCUUUUGAGGUCCCUAAACAUGAGGCGCCGUUUUUUUAGGUGCAUUAAGGCCUUUAACAUUUAAUGACCAUAUUUUCACAGGCAUGGUCCUGCCCUGUGGGUGUUGCUGUGAUAAGGUGUAUUGUUAAGCCUACGUUCUAGGCUGUCGUACUUUUCCUUUCUCGUGGGUGGAAGGAGUAUUAUUGGCCUGCGCGAUAUAGCGUGCUUAUUGCGCGUGACACCUAACAUUUUACUCUUACCGGCCUUCCUGCCCUCUCGCCUUGACUGUACUCGUACAUCCGCCAGGUGGGCUUCUGUUAUUCUCCGGCUUUUCCUUAGGGGCGCUGCCUCAGCGCCCCCCUCCAGGGGAAGGUAAGGAGAGGUAGGAAAGGGGGUGAAAAGGGGUAGAAGUAAAGCAGAAAAAAAUUGGAAAACAGAUUAUGUACUUCUUGUGCCUGGUCUUACCGAUAGCCAGGCCUAUGUGGGGUGUGAGUCCCUGUCCCUCCAGCACUCCUUAGAGGUUCCACAGGUCCAGGGACCCAGACCAACCCAAGUUUUAUUGUGACAGCAUCUGAAUAUAAAUUGUCUUAAGCCCCCGUUUCUGGUACAUUUGCCUAGUAGAGUCGACCUACCACAAUCUGCCUAGGGUUAUCAAACUUGGUCGCCUUCCCCGGCUUCCACUAUCUCCCAUCAACUCGCCCGUCCCACGGUUCCCAUCGCCGCCCCGACCCCCCCAAGAAGCUCAAUAUUUCCACGAUAGGUGUUUCAAAGGUGUCAUCAGAUUUAUAUACGCCUAUGUUAGCCUAACCUGUAAAUCUAUAGUGCGUCCGGUAUAUCGCCAUCUAUAGCCCCGUAAACAUUUAGAUGCCAGCGGAGCAUGGGUCGGUCCCCUGAGUUGAAGGCUGGAAAUGGAACGGCAGAAGCCCAGGUGACCGCCCCUCCCCUGCCCGCAAAUCACAGAUCCCGCACAUUUUACCAUGCUUGGGGAGCCCUCUAAUCGAUAGCUCUUCUAGGCGGCAUGAGUGGCCCUUACAAUAACUACAGAUCGUCGUUGGUGCUCUUUAGUAACCCACCACCAUGUAACGCAACAGCUAACCACAGCAUACACCGAGGUUGCUAAACCGUGAAAAACAUAUACAUUUAGAAGAAAAAAAAUCAAACAAACGUUUUGAAAGAGACAAUUUAUCUCCCCGUCGCAAUCCUUCCUGCCUCCCCCCGGCCAUUUUGUGAGUCUCAAAUCCAAACCCUGUAUCGAAUUCCAAGCAUCCAUCUGUGGGCCUGUAUUGAUACAUUGCGUCGGUCAUAAUCUGGGUGCAGGUAUUAAGAUGGGGUGAGAACGUGCCCCCAAUGGAGCUCGAAAAAAUAGCAAAGAUACCCGACACCUACUCUCGAGGAGUCGUAAGCCCUAACCCUCCCCAUAAGAAAUGGUGGCCCCCCUAAUAAAGACCCCCGGGCCGAUCCAGGAAGUCCCGGCUGGAGCGGGCUUAAGAACCCCUAUAAUAUGUACCCGGAGGGGGAAAAAACCCCUCCCAAUAUCAGGAAGCAUGUCCCCCCGCCAGCCGGCCCGUGUGGGGGCUUCCCUAUCAAGGAAAUGGCCCCUAAAGAGAAGAAACCUCCAUUCUGUACUCACUCGCCCGCCGUGUACCAUCGCUGUCGCAGCAUCUGGAACCGCUAACUCUCCCGUGUCCUGCACCCCUAGCUCGUGUAGGAAUGUCACCGGAUUGCCGCCUGGUUGCAUGAUCCUAGAGCGCCCCUCCUUGAAGGCCAUAAGCCUGAACGAAUGGCCCCACGCAUACUUGAUAGUGUCGCUGAAGCAGUUCAGUUAUAGGUUGCCAUUCUCGCCGCUGCCGCAGGGUGUCCGGCGUCAGGUCCUGAUACAAGGCUAGUUCAGCUCCUCUGUACAUAAUUGGGCCCUCCCUUCCGCAUCCCAUCAAUGCUUCCUUCGUUUGGAAAAAUUUAAACUUGAUGAUAUCUCUAGGCCUGUUAUCGUUUGCCCGUCGGGCUUGCAGCGCCCUCUCUCGAUGUGUCAGUGGCUCUCUGGUAUGUUUGGGAGGAGCGGUUUAAAUAUGGAGGAGACCACCUCAAUCAGGGAGCCUUCCCCCUCCUGUUCAGGCAGACCCCGCAGCCUGAUGUUGUUUCGUCGUGAGCGGUUGCCCAGGUCCUUCAACGCAGGUUCAGCUGCCGCUAACCUGGACAUAAUAGGUUAAUUUGUGCAGCGGCCGUGUUAUGGGCUUCCACCGUGGACUCCACUCGUUGUUCGAGUACCGCCAUUCUGGUCCCCAACGCAUGUAUCUCCGCCUUGACUUUGGCGGUAUUCCUGGCUAUUUCCGUUGCCAGGUAAGUUCUCACCUCCGCCAAGGUCACCAGUAUUUGCUUGGGGUCAGUCUCCUGGGGUCCAGGUGUAACACUAGAUCCCGGGCUAGAGGGAGAUCGAGGCCCUCCAGUGCUCUCCUGUCCGCCAUCUUGGGUGGUGUUUCUCAUAGCGUGGGAGGCCGCAAAGAGAUCCGAAACCGUUGCGUCCUGUUCCGGUUGUUUUUUCGCCUGCUUUUUUUGGGGCCCUUUUAUCCAUCUCAGGUUCCCCCGCAGGUAUUUAGCUAUUUAAUUUCGAUCUGCUGCUUUUAACAGCUGUUGGUCCGGCGGUCCCGGUGGAGCUUCACACGGAUGUGUUCAGCUCGCUCCUACCGCAGACCACGCCCCCGGAAAGUAAUUUUUUAAGGCCUGGCUAGUAGUAGUAAUAGUAGUAGUAGUAGUAAGACUGACAUUUUAUACCUUGUUCUCUCUUUUUACAAAUGUGUUUUGAAAAGAAUUAAAGGGUUUCUCCAACCACCGUGACCACUUGAGUGAUGUGAAGUGGCCAUGGUGGUAGGAGUCAGUAGGUGCCAUAAUUUGAAUUGUGUGCUUGGAGCUAGGGAUUGACCGAUUAUCGGCUUUGCUGAUAUUAUCGGCCGAUAUUCUGUAUUUUUGGCAAUAUCUGUAUUGGCCAAUAUAGAUACCGAUAUUGCCGAUAAUCCAUUACACACACCCCUCACAAAUACACACUGCAUCCAUUACACACACACCUCACAAAUACACACAGCUCCCCUGUCUAAACACACUUCAUCCACUACAUGUGGCAUGUGUAUUUUGUGCAUUUACCAUUAGAAUUUGUUUAUUUUUUCAAAAUGGUAAAUGUACAGGUUAUCGGCCUGAAAGUUCAGAGUAUCGGCUCUAAAAAAAUCAAUAUCGUCGAUCCCUACUUGGGGCUAGUUGCAUCUCCAGCACAUGUGAUUCUAUUCGGCUGGCAACAGACACAAUUAUUUUCCCCCUCUAUUACUAGGAAAGCAGAGCAUCACGUGAAAAAGUUGAACACAGUUACAAGUAUUUUCCAGUGGUAUAAUUUCCAGAAAAUUGACAUUUCUGCAUUUAAGACUAUAAUUUAUGAACUGGUUUAUCUACACAAAAAUUAGCAUAUAUAAGAACUGCCUGCACACGAUCACAGCUUUUCCUUUGCUUCAAGGUAGGUGCACAUUGGCUCUGACAGGCAUUUUGGUGUAUCUGCCCCAUUUCUAAAAGUGCUAGUUUCUAACUAAUCUAGUUAUGGAAUCACAUUCCAGGUGGCGAUGAACUAACUGUUAAAAUUAGGUGGUAUGUUAUUGUUUCUAUCUGUUGUUUAAUGUGGAAGUGCUUAACAUAAUGUGCUACAUUUUAUAGAAAACAAGUCCUAUCCACGAAGGCUGAUGCAGAACAUGAUGGAGUAAAAGUCCCCACCACGCUAGCUGAAUACUGUGUAAAAACAAAGGCUCCAGCUCCAGAUGAGGGAUCUGACUUGUUCUAUGAUGACUACUAUGAAGACGAUGAAAUGGAGGAGGAGGGGGACAGCUGUUUUGAAGACCAAGAUGAUUCUGGGAAUGAGGAAUCUUGA